CAUGGACCAACGGCCUUCAAGCGGAGCAACGGCGUUCAUGGAACAAUCUCUGAACAUGACAUCUCCCGAUAACGUCGCAGACGAGGUCGCUGGAGAUGACGCGUCUUAAGGAUACAACCACUGUAUUCAUGUUUACAAAUCUAGCUACUCACUACUACCGUUACUCCAAUCCUCCAUCCUUUCUAAUCCAUCUUUUCUAUAGGGAGCGACACCACCGCUAAUUUAUCUCUUCUUCCUACUUAGGGUCAGGGUUUAUCUCUUCUUUCAAUAACGAGGUGCACCAUCGCUUCUUUCUAUAUCUUCUUUCAAUAUGGUGCAUCGCUUCUUUGUCUGGGAUGCGUCUCUUCUUUCUACCGGGCUUAUCUCUUAGGGAUUGUCUUUUCUUUCUAGAGGAUCACUAGGAGGCAACGUCGUCCUCAUAGACAAGGAGAGAUCUUACAAGAAGAGUCGUAUCAUACUGCAAGGGAAGAUGUUAAUGUAUUGGCGAUUUCUCAAAAACAAGGGACGAAGAUGAAAAACUACUUUGAGAGAGGCACCACCCGUGAUGGACUCAGCUCUAAUGAACAUUGUUAGAGCUAGAGAGGGGUUCGACGACUGAAGGAGGUCUUGUGCGUGGAAGCAAGAGCAAGCUCACGGCACGGGAAAGGUGGAGAAUGGCUGCCAAAAGCGUAAUAGCAAAUAAUAGAUUACUAUCGGCAGCAGGACGAGGGGGGAGUUCCAGAUUAAGGCAGAAGCGAAGCGAGCUCUAAUAGAAGCUGACUUCAAGCACAGCCAUUAGAGCUGUACUGGAACUCAAGCAUGGAGAAUCCAUCCUCUUUUAAAGGGACUUGGAUCCCUGAUGGCCUCUUUUUCAAGGGGAAAAAGAAGUGUCCAAGGACCUAUGGAUCUCAAGGAAGAUACGGCGCGCUACCUCUAAUGGACGAAGGGCAGUCUAGAAUUAUGGCGCGCUUUUAUCCAUCUUUCGCGGCAUUUUGGUGCCCUUUUCUCUUGUAUUCCUUCGCCGCAUGGAAUAUAGGGAAAGCGUGAGUAUUUAGCUCACUAUAUUAGAGUAAGUAUUUACCUCAUUCUUGAUUGAGUGGUAGUUUCUUUGAGUUGCUAAGGUUGACAAGAUUAUCUCAGGUUCCUCCUUGGACUCUGAUAUGAAUUGGCCUGAGCUCUAAUAGCGAGAAAGUGGAUCCGGUUGAAGCCAAAGAACUUUAUGUCCUCUGGAAUCAGUGAUCCACAUGAAGAUAAUCCUUAGAUAUCCAGCACCUAAAAAUGAGAGUAAUCCUUUUCUUCUUAAAUCCGUCACCUAAAAAUGAGAGUAAUCCUUUUCUUCUUAAAUCCGUCACCUAAAGGUGAGAGCAAUCCUUUUCGUCUUAAAUCCGUCACCUGAAAAUGAGAGCAAUCCUUUUCUUCUUAUAAAUCCGUCACCUAAAAGUGAGAACAGUCCUUUUCUUCUUAAUCUUCAAUCCACCUAAAAGUGAGAGUAAUCCUUCUCUCCCUAAUCUUCAAUCCAUGUAGAAAUCUAAUUCGCAAAAGCUUUAUUCGGCAAGGAUAAGGGAGACGUUCCCUACUCUGGGUUGAUGGCUGCAAUGCCCUCCUUUUUCGGACCGGAAUGGAUUGACGCGACAGCGAAGUUGAAAGAAAAAGUUAUGACAUUUGACAGAAGUCUCUACUUAGUCUUAAUCUUAAUCAACCGUCUUGAACAGGAGGACCGCUCCAGGAACGGUUACAUCUCGCUGAUGAUCGAGAGGGAUGGUUUGAGGUGCACUGAUGUUGAUACUUCGGAGGAAACAAAUAUGUACUGAUCAGGAACUGUCUUCCGCAUCGGUCAGGAACUUACGAACAUCUGUGUUCCGUAUUGAUCAUCAGGAACCUUUGCUGUAGAAAUUCAGAGGGGCUUCACUAGUGUUUUUUCUGUAGACCUGUUCUGAUUAGAAUUUUUUUCGAAUUUUUUUCCGUUUCUUAUUCUACUUUUUCCAGCUAGGGCAACAAGGGCUUCCUUCGCCUCAUAUAUGCUCCGAAGCUCAGGUCUGAAGGCCCCCCCGAUCUAAAUUUUUGAGGGGGGGCCUUCAGCCCCGGACCCUUUUGCACGAGAGACUGCCGGGCGGGAAGGGCUCGAAGCGCCCACGUUCGAGCCCUCAUGGCUUCUGGCAUGUGCCCGGCAGAGCCCAAGCCCCUGAGGCCGCUCAAGCACCGGCGGCCGGGGGUGGAAGGCUUCCGAAGGCGGCAAAGGUGGCAAGGCUUGACCCCCUUGCCGUGUUGCGUGUACUCUACAGACCUCCCGGGUGCGGGCUGCUGGCUGGGGGAGUUUCUUGGGGGGUGGAGGGCCUCCGAGGGCAGCAGGGAACAAGGCUUGACCCCUUUCGCCGUGCUACCAAUUUGGAGGAUGAGGGCCAAAGCGGCCAGGCCUCGCGACCGAGGACGCGUUCGGCGGCUUUCUGCUCUUGAAGGCCGUCCCCCUAAUUGGGUCCAAGGGAGAGUCGGCCCGCCUUUUGAGGCUUUCGCCCCCCGGGAAUCCUUACACGUCACCGCUGCGGAAAAAAGAGCGCGCCGACGCGGCCGCCGCUCCACUCACAGGGGGGGCCCCCCGUGGAACCCUGCGAGCGUCCUAUCCACCUGAGGAGCGUGACGCGAGAGGGGGCACCAGCGUGACGCGUGACGGCGUGACGCGCUUAGGAGCGUGACGCGCGAGGGAGUCUGAGCGUGACGCGUGACGGCGGGACGCGCUUAGGAGCGUGACGCGCGUGAGAGCCUUGGCGAAGCGCGUGAGGGUGUGACGCGCUUAGGGGCGUAAGCCGCGUAGGAUUACUCGUGAGGCGCGUGAGGUUGUGACGGAGGGGCGCGUGGCGUGGGGCGUCGGACGCUGGGGCGUGUCAAAUAGUGCGCGACUUAGGACGCUGCGCGCCGCCGCGGCGUGUUGCAAUGUCACACGUGGGGGCGUGACUUAGGACGGCGCGGCGUGUGGCGGUGGGAGGGUGUGGCGGUGUGUUGUCUGUUUGGUGUGUGAGGUGUCUGCGAGGGUGUUGCGAGCAUGUGCCUCGCACCUCAUGGAUGGGCUGCUGGGCAUUGCCUUCGUGGGUGGCUUGUUUUGCUGUCGUGGUCGGGUCUCUAUCUCAUACCCACGCCGCCGCCAUUGUCUGGCGCCUUCGUGGUCGUGUCAGGUCUUUGUCAUCAGGUCGCCCCCGCCCACGGAUGGCCCCCAGAUCAGCAGGCCUCCCCCGGAUGUUCGUUCCUCCGAUCGUCAGAGGCCUCUCACGGAUGUCCCUCAGAUCGUCAGGUCUCCCGCGGAUGUUCCUCGGAUCAUCAGGCCGCCGACGGAUGUUCCGCAGGUCGCCAGGCUUCCCAGGAAUGUUCCGCCGAUCGUCAGGCUUUUCUCCCGGUGUCGGAUGUUCUUCAAAUCGUCAGGGCUACCACGGAUGGCCCUCAGAUCAUCAGGCUUCUUACGGAUGUUUCCCAGGUCGUCAGGCCUACCGCGGAUGAUUCUCAGAUAAUCAGGCCUCCGCUGGAGGUUCCUCAGAUCAUCUGGCCUCCCCCGGGUGUUCCUCAGGUCAUCAGCGUCCCACGGAUCUUCCUCAGAUCGUCAGGCCUCCCGCGACGGAUGUUUCUCAGAAAGAUCGGCAGGCCUCCCGCGGAUGUUCCUCGGAUCGUCAGGUCUUCCACGGAUGGCCCGACUGUCAGGCGCGCGGCGUCACGCUCAAAGAAAAGCGUGCCGCGUCACGCUCAAAAGCGUGACGCGUUACGCAUGGGGGCAAGCAUGGAUGUGCGCCCCCCUUGCCCUUAUAGAAGUGGGGGGGAAGGUUUAGGACUGCGGUCUAUAGCAUAGGACGCUCGCCAGGUCUUACGGGGGCCUCUCUCCCUGGUGCAUAUAUUGAUAUAUGUAUCGCGCUUUUUAGUAGAGACUGACACGCGCAAAAUUUACUAUAGGGCUGACAUGCAAGAAAUCUAUAAAACGUAGUUAGUUUGGAUCUAUGUCUAAUCCACGAGUACGCAGAACACUGGUGGAGGAGCCACAGGCUUCGGAGAAUCUUGGCGAAGUCACAAACGCCGCGACGAUAAUUGAAGCCGUUCAGUCGGUCAGGAAAGGUUUCAGAUUAUGGCUUUCGUGUCGUCCCUCAUGCAUCCAAGGUUACUCCUCCCUCAUGUAUUUGAUCUCGAGUUCUUCAUUUCGGAAAAAAUGGCAGUAGCGGCUGCCGCGUCUGCGGCAUUUCAAUCAUCUAUCAUAUUUCGUCCCUCAACCUCAUGGGGCAUCCUGUAGAUAAUUAGGUUAGCAUCAGCAGCAUUAUAACACCUACCCUAGUAGAUUCCGCAGGAUUAUAACACCUACCCUAUUUUUACCUGGCCUGUUCGAACCUAGCCGAAGUAACAGCUAUUGCGCACCAAUGUCGCUACAGACUAUGUUACAAGAGCGGCCGGCUGUCCUCAAAGGUCGCACCCAAGUAUUCGAAAACACACAAUAACCGAGUAGCUAUCUGAAACAGUCGAUUAUCUGAGAAGAUUACUCUCUGGGACAUUCGGUUAUUUCAGUUUUUCGAUAUCUAGCUAGACAGGCGAAUUCCAAGAGCGUCUGCUUCUAAGGACGACGCUGAGUGUUAAGCCGCUGCACAUUAUCGCGGAGAGUACGGAGAAGGUGGCGCAAGGCCGAUGGGUGGUGCAGGCGAAAGCCUUUUCGCGGUAUGUGGGAAAGCAACAGGAGAACUUCGUAAAGGACGCACUCGAGAACGCGCUUAAGAAUGCCGGCAAUGCUGAAGGGGAAACAAUCUGCCCAGAGUUUGGGUUCUACGCGGGAACUGACCUUGCUCCUAAUUCUGGCUGCAAGACCGUCGCUCAGGUGCUUCAAGGAGUGAACGAAGGAAUCAACAAGUUUGCGCAUACGCUUGCAACACCGGUAGCGCAAUUGGAAGAGGACCUAAAGCAGGUUGAAGAUGCGCUAGAACUGCUCGAGAAAUUACGGAUAAGUGUCCUUGAUGAUGUUUGAUGAAGUGCCGUACUAAUUUCCUGCAUUUAUAAAUGCAGAAAGGAAUGAUCGCAGUAGAAUGCGGAGGACACGACCUGGUCGUUGCACGCACCUUUUUAAAUACUUGAAGAAUAUUUUUUUGUCCCCUGCUGAACAAGCAACACUUGAACAAUCCCGAGGCCCUCCACUUGUUGGACUUAACGACCCCCAUAAUGGGUAAACUACUACUACUAGGUAGACAAGAACUGAUGUACUCUAGGAACUAUCAAUCUCGUGGAGAAUGGCCUUAUACUUCUCCGGUAAAAUAAGUUCCUACUCUGGUAGGCUGAGCUGUUUUCCUGGGGUGCCAGCUCUUUCUUAUCGCAGAGAAUAUGCACCAGUAGAAAUAGAAUUCAGGAGACCGGCAUGGCCGGCGUCCAAGCAGAUGAAUAACCACCCUUGUGACGUCGUCGGUGCACGACAUGACAUCCUGACUUGAUCAAGACUUUGAGCUUGACGCUUGAUGUAGGGAAUAACUGCCGCUCAGUGAGGACUAAUUGUCCAGACAUGAAAUGAUGCCUCCGCCUCAAUGACUAUGACUAUGACUAUGACUAUGACUGAUGACUAUGACUGAUAGUACGCCUCGCGUGAAGGAGAUGGAAAGGCAACCUAUCCUAUCCUAUCCUAUCCUAUCCUAUCCUAUCCUAUCCUAUCCUAUCCUAUCCUAUCCUAUCCUAUCCUAUCCUAUCCUAUACGCCUCUAAUGUGCAAGAUGAAGGUUCCCUUGGAUGACUUGGGGACGCGGGCAAAGAAGCACACAAAGGAUGCCUGGAUAGGCUAUGGGGCAGCGAGAGCGUUUCUCCGCGCUAGUUUGCGAAUGUGGAAUGCUGAGCGGUUUACUAAGACUAAAUACAUGGCAGAACAGACUACAAAGUCCAAUGUUGCCAAUCCUGUUAAGGCUAAGAGUUCUUUAAAUUUGUAUUGUGGAGUUGAGUAAGUAAGAAGGGUUCAUUGGUGGAAACUCAACUUUCUACACUUUUACUUUGGGUAAACAGGUCGAUAGUUCAGCGAACCAUGCAGGAUGCUUUUGUACUAACUAGUCUACUUCUUGGUAGAACUAACUAGUCUACUUCUUGGUAGAACUAACUAGUCUACUUCUUGGUAGAACUAGUUUACAAGUGUUGAUGUUGUCGAAACGAUUAGGAUCCUAAAAUGAUCGUUUCUAAAUGUCGAACGAUUAGGACCAUUCCUCAAUGAGAACUUGCUCCUCUGCCCUCUAAUGCUGGUGGCGCAGCAGACGGCGCUGACGGCAGAGGCGGAGCAACUGCCCACGGGCAACAGAGUGGCCUGGAAACGUUAGGAGACAGAUAGCUGAAGGAGAGUCCUGUAUAAUAUUUCAGGGGAGUUGUAGUUCUUCAUCGACUUUUCAUCAGGGGGGGUCUUUUUCAUCUUCAGCAGCAGAUAUCACUCAGCGAUUGGAGCGCUGUUUCCUCUCCAAUUGCUGAGUGACAGAUGGAACUUUAAAAGACACAUCCGCCCCACUCUUCGAGUAUUCUACUAUUUAUUAUUCCUUUCAGUCGAAGAUCUUUUUUUGAAUUUUUUGAUUGCUCUACCACGAGCAGAUGAGUAGGCAUUUUUGGAAAUUCCUACCACGGUUGCCCAGAAGCACUUCCAGACUCUGUCUCUACGCACAUCAGGAAAGUUGGCAACACCAGUGGCGUACGCAUGCAUCCCGCUCCCACUCUUCCAGAAAUAAAGACCACACUCCCCACUCUAGUAUUGCUUUCAGUCGGGUCCUUUUUUUUGUUGAACUUAUUCUCAUCUAAUAUCGAUAAACUCGGAGAAAAUGUCUUACUUGACGCAGGAGAGGGACGCUUUUAUCUCUUCCGGAACGCAGGUUAUUACCGAGGUAAAGGCUUGCCUCACCAUCGCAAAAACGAUGUGCGAGUGGUUGAAUUAAGGCCAAAAAAAAAACGAUCAUAAGAGUUGUUCCCUGGAAGCAACAAAAAAAUCAAACUAAAGACAUUAACAUGCUAGCUUGAUUGUCAGAAGGUGACGCGUUUCAUUGUCAUGAGGUGGUCUCCGUUGCUCUUUGUUAGAUUUGCUUCAGACUUGAAGUGCAUGACGAUGGCCACAAAUGAAAGCAAGAUAUAACAAAAAGAAAACACGCUAUAUCGUCAACAUGUUGUUUUUUUGGUUUUAUGGUUUGAGGACGAUCAUCUCAUCUUGUAACUAACCCACUUGUUGUGCUAGAAGAGCAGGUAUACUAUAGUGGUUCCUACUAUAUUUCAUCGUAGGUUCAUCUAAAACAAGGAGGUAGAGAAAAUGCUAGGCGACGUGAAUGCGCAGAUCGCGAUCGUGAAAUCUCAAAAAGCUGAUAUAGAGCAGAAAAUAAAGCGACGAAAAUUAUGAUGAUCAAUUGAUCAAUAGCUUUUAUUCAAAUUCAAUCAUCUCGCUAGGUAGAAGUUUUAUCUGUGAAAUAGGUUUUUUCACGCUCAAAUGUGUGAAUUAGGUUUUUGACUAUGCAAAGGCUAACAAAUGCCAUACACAAACACCUCUAGAAUAGGUACAAUCAUCAUCAUCAUCAUCAUCAUCAUCAUCAUCAUCAUCAUCAUCAUCAUCAUCAUCAUCAUCAUCAUCAUCAUCAUCAGGCUAAAGACAAGGCAGUACUUUUAUUCAUCUCGCUUUUACACUCGAGGUAGAGCUCCUAAGACGACUCUAGGUUAAAAACGGGGUAGAACUUCACAUUCGUCCCUGAUAAAUAGUUUGUUUCUCAAAAAUUGCAUCUGCGUUGUUUUUUUCUACGUCAGAAGUAGUUACAACGAACACGGGAAACUUCUACAGCAGUAGAAGGACUGUCGAGCGAACCUCCAGGAUAGGUAUACAAGCGGUGAAUGACAACGUUAGAAGCAUACUCCCCCCUUUCCUAAGCUCGUUGUAUCCAACAAGUGAAUUUUAUGGUGCUAAGAAAAGAAAUGGACCAGCUCGAAAAGCAAGAGGGUGACGAGGCUCAGAGGAGGAAAGAGGAGCUGGAGAAGGAAGGAAAGGAGCGCGACAGAAUACUAAGGCUUUGUGUUUAUAGGAAAGAAAUCUUUAGACAAGGAGCCGUCAAAGGUAGAGAGUGACCUUCUGAGACACAACGGCGAUACUUAGACAAUACAACCACCGGACCGCCAGGAAGGUCCCUAGCGCCCUUACCUCGACGUCCUUAGUGACAGACGGCAAGAGCGCCGCGAGCGCGACACGUGUGCGGCGAUAGGGUUGCGCGCGAAUAGAAUAUUAAUGAUAGAUGAAAGUCGCUGCUCCAGGCAAGGCCUAUCUAGCUGUCUCAAGAAGAUGCGUCCUAGUGUGCUGUAGAUGUGUCGCAGGAUCCUAUUGAUUUCAGAACAAGAGGAUAGUUAGAGCUCUACAACAUUAUCGUGUCUCUUCUCCUUUCCAAAAGACGCUUAGGAUGAGAGAAAGGAAAGGAAGUCUUGGACUUCAACUCAAGAAAUAAAUUAAUGACUAACUAAUGAAAGCGCCGACAAUCUAAACAAUUCACCAACCUUCCUUCAGAUUGUCAGCACUAUAUUGUUGAUCCCGAGAUGUGUCAGCACUACGCUCUUGUUGAUCUCAAGAUAGAAUAUCGUCGACGAUGCGAUAAUGUUGUAGAGCCCUACGCAUAUUGUCGUUAGGGCUCUACAACAUUAUCGUAUCGUCGUGUUUGAUUUAACAUACUUGACAUACGCACCUAGCAGAUUUUGCUCACUUUGAUCCAACAUUACAUACAAUCUACUCACUUUGAUACCUGACCCACAGUUUGACACAACAUACUUGACCUACAAUCAUUCUCAUAUUGUCGCGUUUCUCGUAUUUGUUGUUCCACUUCUAAAGUAGAAAGCCUUGAAGGAGAAGAAGCUAGCGGAUAUUGCGUCAUUGCAACAGUCCUGCAACGAAGCAAAAACCAAGCUUGAGGACCACCGUGGGACAGAUUAAGGCCCUGUAGGAAACACCUUGUGUGAGGACACAGCAAGGGCACCCUAGUAUGUAUCCUAUCCUAUGGUCUAUCCUUAUACUAUCCGAUUUUAUCCUAUCCAGCAAGUGACUCUUUCUCUCUCAUAAUUCUUAUUGAGACUAUAAUGAGCCUUUGUUCUUUCUCUCGUCACAUUUUAAUUUAUUAGAUGAGGAACUCUUCUGAAAUUCCGUGGCUACUAACGCAAUUCAGAAAAACUUGGGCACGAGGGGAUGAAAGCUCUAAGGGGGUGAAAAACCGGGCACGAGGAAGUACGGCCAUGAAACGUGUACUGCGGUGCACAGGGGCGAGUCACGGAAGGUCGCGCAAGCAAUAAAAGAACUCGAGGCCUGGACCGUAGGAUUAAGGCUGUACUACUUCUACUACUAGCUAGUAAGUACCUACUAGCCUGUAGGAUUUGCGCUCCAAUAGGAGGUACUCAUUUACUGGAUGACCUCACAGGUAGACAUGCACAGCUACAAAGGAGGCUCCAUGACGUGACAAGUUAUUUCUCUUUGAAGUUAAUACUUGUCGAGAUCAACAAUUAACCUUUAACUGGUUGUAGUUCCUUUAACUGCGUGACGUAUUGUAUUGUGUCUGAUCUUCUUCGGAAGCAUCCUUGAAGCGUAUCCGCUGUAUGGGGGGGAGCAUGAUUACAAGGGAAUGCUUAUGCUUUGGUUCCCCAUACAGGCAGUCUGCACUGAACUUUGUGCGAGAAAAUAUGUAGGCAGGUUUUGACUUAUCGGAACUCGCUUGCAAAAUACGCAGGUAGGUUUUGACUUAUCGGAACUCGCUCACGAUACAAAAAAAAGCGAGAUUAAUUGUAUUGUAUUGUAUUGUACAUUGCUCCCCCAAGGCAUAAAACUUUUUUUUUUCUAAUCGAAGACGCUGGUCUGGUGAGCGACGAGCCACGCUUUGGUCAGGAUGAAUUGAAACGGGCAAAAGUUAAGUUCACCGGGUCCUCCUAUUCCUCCUGUUGAGAUAAAACUAGGUUCUCCUACUCCUCCUGUUGAGAUAAAACUAGGUUCUCCUAUUCCUUCAGUCUGUUGAGAUGAAGUGAGGCAAUGAUACGUCGCACAAAUAGGACAUCAAACUGGACAGAACUAGGACUACGCCAUUGCUAUCGAUGCGCAAAUAGUGAGCUCUAAUAGGAACACGUGUCAUCAGGCAGAGGCAGUCGCGAAAAAACUCGAAGAAAAAUUGAGAGAGUACUCAUCUGUCUUUUAGUACUCUCUUGUAGUUGAUUGUUGCUUCACAUCUGUAAGUCUGCAACUACAACUACAUUUGAAGAAUGGCAUCAGUUUCAUGUUGGUAGUUGAACUACACGACAACUCUACUGGCGAGUGCAACAAUUGAGUUGUCAUGACUUAGACGUUUAUUCCCACCUCUCAGGUACAGCCAGAAGAGGAUUUUAGCUGUCUUCGCCUUACAGCAGAUGAACAAGUAUUAAGGCAGAGGAACGCAAUUCAGAAAAACUUGUACUUGUAAUGCUCCUAGAGGCUCGUAAUUUUUGUAAUUGGUUCCAUUCAUCCAGCUCCUUUUCUAAAUCUUCGUUGCCGUGGAAGGAGACACAUUGAAGGCAUCGCAUAAGGGAAUGGAUGCAUCCUUCCAGAGGUUUUUUGCCUUCGUCUCUGCCGCAAAGAAGGAGCCACCUGCUAAAGAGCAAGGUAUGAAAAGAAUUUAGUUAGUUCAUCUUCUGUGUGCUGGAAUUUCUAUGAAUCUAGAGAGGUAAAAGUGUUCAUGUUCUUGUGCUAGAACUCAUAACAGACUUGGUCAAGAGAAGAACUACACUUGUUCUCUAGAUGUGAACAUAAACUUCUGAUAGGGGAAAGAAAUUUCUCCGGUUAUCCCGAAUAAAGAGGGAAUCCAUCCAUGUGUUCCACUCCUCACUCUCUAACACUUCAAGUACAGGGUAAUAACAAUAUAGAGGGAAUCCAUCCAUGUGUUCCACUCCUCACUCUCUAACACUUCAAGUAAAGGGUUACUACAGUUCACCUCCACUUAAGAGCCCCUUCUUCUAAGCAGCCUGUGAAUAAGUUGUACAGCAGUGAAGACGCGAAGGACGCGAAGGCGAAAGAUGUUGAGAGGGAUCGGUUUAGAAUCCUGAGAAAGAUCGCAGAGAGGGCACAAGAGCGGAACCUGCCUCGAGAACAAGAUCGACCACAUCUGCACCAAAUUAUGUUCUCCAAAUAAUUUCUCUGCAGUUUCUUGAUUAUUUCAGAUAAUUUCACUAACUAAUUUCAUGUUCUCCAAACAUUUCUUGAUUAAUGUGUUCAAACUUUGCUAUUGCUAUAUUUCCAAUAGUAGUGAUAGUAGUCGUGACAGCAUGGCGGAGUCAUUACCAUUACACAUGGAGUUAGUGUAGAAGAGACUCUUCAAAAUGAGGAGAACUGUCCUCAAGAGAGCAAUUUUUAAGAAAGCUUCAAACUGUACUUAAUGAUAUUUAUUAUGCAUGCAAGACUGUACAUAAUCAUCAAUAAAGUAGGCAUCACUACCGCCACAUCAUGUACUAGUCUAAGGAAGCGUCGAAAUGCAUGCAGAGUUAUACGGAUACGCUGACAAAGAUUGUAGACGGCAUCAGUGUAAGAACCGAAGAGGAAGCAGCUCAGGAUAGAGAAUUGAGUCUAAGACGAGCAAAUAUUAAACUACUGGUGAUUAGAUCUUCUAUAAAUAUACCCCCUGACUGAGUGCACUACCAUUGGCACUACUACCAUCAAGUUGCUCAAGGAUUAGUUCAUUAGAUUAGACUACGACGGACAACUUUUUCCCUUCUAUUAUAGAUUGAUUGCUUACAAUUGUGUUUGAGUUCAGACGAAUAGCUCCAUGACUUGGCCUUGGUGUUUGGUUUUCUUUUCCGGCCGAGAAAAGGGCAAACAUGCACUGGAGGGUUCUAUAGUCCUACAACUCUGAUUCCCCCCCCUUUAUUUUCUCUAUCCCAUCCUUUUCGUACCCCUACUUUAUCUUAGAUAGAUAGAUAGAUGUACCCACUCGCGGGGUGUAAGAUCUUUUAAUUAGGGGCUGCAUCUCCACCACUUUCUACUUCAUCACCUUUUUGCACCUUUUUUCGUGAUUCCUCAUCAUGUCCACCCGUUUAGAUCUCUGCAGUAGGGUGGUGCUGCUUUCUUCAAAUUCCAACUUCCACUUUUUGCAUUUCCAGCAGCAGACGCGGGUCUUGUUGCUGUUGUGCCACUGCUUAUCUAUCGCAUCCUUUUCGUGCCCCUACUCUAUCAUAUCCUAUCCUAUCCGAUCUCUCACCUACGCUUACUUUAUCCUAAUCUGAAUAAACUCCUACUCUCUCUUAUACUUGUUCUCUACUACGCAUACGCUAUUCUGUACCUACUGCGGACGAUUAGACUACUCGCAUCUACCGUAUUAAUUGUAAUACCCGUACUUUAUCCUCGCUUUAUCUACUCGAAAACUGAAAACAGCGCAGCUACUAACUGAAAUAUGGCAAGGGGCUGCUUUAGAGGGCUACUCUUCUUUGUUCAGUAUUUCGGUUAUUCUGAUCAGUUACUUUCUUAAUGUUUCAGUUUCUCGAGUACUCACGUCGAAUAAACAAAUUCCUAUCCUAUGUUAUCCUUCUAAUCGUCUCCGCUUUGGAAGACGAGCCGUUGAACGCGUAUAGUUUGUGUGCCAUUCAUUCCUUCUCGAAGGUGAUGUGGCGCGGCGCCAAGCGUCAAGAUCUGGACAAUGAUGCCUACUUUUCCGCAUUGAUGGUACUACUUGGUCCUAAGUAGAAACAGCCGGAUAGUUUUUUCCUCGUAGUAAAGAAAUCUUAGGCAGCUUCAUGAUGUUUUGUGUAACUAAUUUACACCACUUUCGUAGCUAAUCAUCACAUGAACGCAAGUGUUGUCUCGCCAUCAUCGCCACCAACAUUUUGAACAGGGCAUACCACUGGAGUCUGGUAAAGCGGCAAUAAAACUCGACACCGAGCGGACCGAGGAUUAUGGUUGAUUGAAACUUGAAGCCUCUCUUUAUCUCUGAGCAGAUCACUUAUUCACCCCCUCACUCACUAACUCACUCGCUUACCUAGCGCGUGGUAGUGCUCUAUCUACACACAUACUGCUACUUUUAGAUGAAGGGGGGGAAGGCCAUAGAGAUGCGAGGAACUUCUAUUUCUACUAGAUACAGGGCAGAUGGACGAACUCGCGGCGCCUAAAAUAAACGGAUCCUAAUAUAAACGUGGCCACUUCUGUAGUUCUUUUUUAAAUAAUUGGAUUACUUGAUUCUUUCGUAUUUUUGUUUCCUGGUUAGGUGUGCUUCACCGAUGGAUAUAGGGGGGUCAUAAGUACUUCCUUUUCUACUUCUUUUUGUUUUGUUUUUUCCCUAGUUAGGCUGGCUCCACCACUAUAAUAAAUAGGGGGGCCAUGAUUCUCAUCUAGUAGAUUGAGGGUCCUCAUCCUCAUAGGCACCUUGCAACCUCUAAGAUGCUGAAACGCAAGCAAUCAACUGGCAUAAGACUAAGCAAGAGAGCGAGGAUUUAUUCCGUGACCGCCUCAAAUUUUCGACGUUCGCACAUCUCCGAUUACGGCUUUUAUACAUCUUCGCCUCAGCAUGAUCUUGGUGCCUGCUUGCCUUGUAUUAUCCCUAUGAAGUUAGUAGGGAUACUUACAAGGGUAAGAAAAAGAAUGGGGUCCAGAUGUUGUGGAGGAAUACAGGGAGGGUUAUAAUAAAGGGGCCCAGAUGUUCUUGAGGGAACCGCGAUCGACAUGAAGGGAUACAAGGGCUGUAGUAAAGGGGUCCAGAUGUUGUAAUAAAGGGGUUUUACACCCCUGGAAUGGGUACAUUCAUACAUCGAGGGGACUGAGAUCGAUGAAUUUAAGGGCCGACUCUAAUCCGAUACGCGCUUGCGGUAACUGCAAUGGUAUGGUCUCUGCUGCGCGACACUCUUGCAAAUGUGCGCGAUAUGGCAGUCAAAACCGCAGAAAGCUGCAUCAAACACAGACGUAUUCAAUUUUUUUUCACUUCACUUGUCUUCCUUUAAUUCAAUUAGUCCUCGGUGAGAAAAAACACAAUAUCUUCAAAAUAGAAAAGUACACCUCAUCACAUUUUUUUUGAAAAUUCUCAUGACCUUCACAUGCACGAAGGGUCUUAAUACCUUGAUAAGGGUCUUAAUUAUACGCUAAUACGAAGAUUAUUUCUUAAUACGAAGAGAGGUCAAUAAGAAGGUAAAGAACUUAACACUUUACAACUAUAAGCGGGUCUACUACAGCAACUAAGGAGAUCUACUUAAUCUCCUGGCUCAGGGUCCUAGCGUUUUACUUUGACUAGAUAAGUAUUGGAUUGGCUUCUCUCCUUUUUUGCACAUGCACAUUACCCUCCACCCCUUCACCAGCAUUCUACACGAACUUGGAGAUGAAUUCAGAAAGCGACUCACCAGGGAAGUACCUAAAAUUACGGUUCACUCGACAACUCGUCUGCCUCUCUUAAAAAUCAGUCUCUUGAUAUAACUGUAAUAUAGUCGUGAUGUUGCUGCAUAUAUGUUGAUACUAGUACGUAGUUCAUGCCAUUCAGAUGUAGAUUUGUGGCCGAUUGUGCGGUCUUAUGCGCACCCAGUAUGUAUUUUGGAUGACCUUAUAGAUAUGGGGGUAAAUAAUUGAUUGAAAGGGUGGCAGCAUAUAGUCCUAACGCAAAAAAAAAAAAAAUUACGGUGAUCAUGAAGGAGCAUAACAGAGACGCACACAUGACACACAGUUCAUUAAGUCGUCUGUAAGUUCAUGAAGAAAAGAGGACUGUGGUAGUCCACUAGUGCUGGGGAGCACGAUCAAAAAAUUGGACUUCGUGCUUGGAUUUUGUGCCCGUCAAAUUUGGACUUCGCAUUCUUGAAAGUGAAGGGGCUUAGCUAUAGCAAAGGUAGAGUACUAGUCUCAUUGGCUGUGCUCGUCCGCCAGUUUUGUUAGGUGGAUCCCUUCCCAUGGUCCUCAGCCUUCUUCGUGUUCUUGACGAGAGUUGUUUUUCAUUUCUUUUCUAAGUUGUCUGAUCACGAAGACUUCACCUUCACCGCCGUUUUGUCCCAAAGGUGAGGACAGGGGCAAGGAGCUCUACACGGCUGCAGGGUCUGAUGCGACAAAGCAGGGACUACGUUAUGCAUGAAUCAUGAAUCACUCGGUACUUAUCAAGAACAGCCUACCCCCUAGUCCUCUAGUUCAAGUAUUGGGAACCGAUUACUUACUUUUUGGCUGUGUAUCGAUAUAUAAACAUAUACCUUCCUCGGCUCAAAAGCACUACUACUUGUUGGGUAUCUGUGCAUAUGAAUACACGGAAUAUUUUGCGUGACACGGGUGCGACGUGGUCAGGGACGCGCGCGUCUGUGAAAAAAUUCAAAUCCAGCACUCUAUUGUAGUCUAUAGUAAAUGUCCUGACUCCCUCUUCCAACCCUCAUGAUUAAGUCCCGCUCUAGUCUAUAUCUAGAAGUGCAUUUCUCUAAUCUCCGUUUUUGCUGUCCGAUAAAGAAUUCAAGGAACUGGCGAUGUGCACUGAUGGCUUCUGUUCCUUAUGGCAUCGGAACAGUUUCAAUUACCAAACAUCAGCUUCUGAAGUUGUCACUUGGACGACAGUGACUAGAAAAUGAUGUUGAUGAACUAAUAAAUAUGAUACUGAAAGUUGUAGUCUCAAUCAAUCAGCUUCUUCGCACCUCUCAGCGAAGAAUCAGCUUCUUCGCACCUCUCAGCGAAGCAAUAUCAAUCAGCUUCGUCUCCCUUCCCUCUUCCCUCUUCUCUCUUCUCUCUUCCCUCUUCCUUCUUUCCUCUUUCCUCUUUCCUCUUUCCUCUUCCCUCUUCCCUCUUCCCUCUUCCCUCUUCCCUUUUCCCUAUUCCCUUUUCCCUUUUCCCUUUUCCCUUUCCUUCUUCCCUCUUCUCUCUUCUUGCUCUCUAAGUUAGAGCGUUCGCAAAAAGUUGAAAGAUGAACGAGGCGAGAGGGAUGACCUUCGGUAUUUUCUGCCCAUCCAACUGCCGAUGCAGAAGUGCCUUGCAGAUGUUCUCACGCUCAAAGGGCAGUAUGAUAUUAAGGCCAACAUGCGCAUAGGGUCUAAAGAUUGUAGUUGAAGAUGAUUACUGAUUGGUAGUCCCUCUGAGGCUACACAUAUUCGCCGGAGAAUGCAGGUAAAACUUAACUGUGGACGGCGGGCAAACUCCUAUCCUAUCCGGUCUAAAACAAACGCUUAGUUUUCCCUCAGCCCCCAUGCUAGUCGUAGUCCCUUCUUCUGGUCUUUCUACCAUAGAGAGGCCAUCCUAAAGCAUUGUUUUUGUUGCGGCCUGCUAGAGUAGUAGGUCCCUUCUUCUGAAAUAGUAGUAAUGACUAGGAAUUUGCGAUGUAAUAUUUGUUUCUCUAGUUAGUAACCCGAUGCUAGAAUAUCUGCUUUUUAGUAGGUAUCAUGGCAUAGAUCUUAAAUUUACCUCGUGUAAAGUCGCAGGGAGCUAGAUCUUUUUUUCAGGAGCAGCUUGCCCUGAUACAUAGAAAAAGUUCUGAGGACAGUACCCAGUACCCUUAUGGUCAUAGGGGUUAUAAGGAUACUCAACAGAAGUUUGUUGCUCUAUUCGUGUCCUUUUUAUUCUUUCAGGAAUUUCUUAUCUUUGUGAUCUCACUAUAUUGCUUAAUAUUCUAAGGUCUACAGACACGCUUAUUCUUUCAGGAGCAUACUAAAAAUUGCCCUUCUAAUGAUACGCUAAUGCGAAUGCUCGAAAAUUGGCGCCAUGAGCUCCCAACGAUUACAUACUUCGAUGGAAAUAUCGAGCCGGGUCGUCCUGUGUCGGGGUAUUUGAUUCUUCAUACAAACUCCGUUCAACUUAAAUAGCAUCGCAGGCAACUCUUCCUUCAGUGUCUCGGUUAUUCUCGUCUGUUACUUGCUUACUUCAGUUUAUCGAAUAGAUCCAUCUUCCCCAUGGCUUGACAAGCAUCCUGAAAAGGGGCGAAACUGACAGACCUACUAAAACAGCCAUAGAGCCCUACCGAAGAAAGGGAACGGACAUGGAGCUUUCUUUCAUCAUGCACCAUGAGAGGAAACCGCCGUCCGAUGGUGAUUACAUGCAGAAUUUUAGAGCGUAACGCGAUAGGAAUAAACUUCCUGCACCAUUUUGGGGGGUGUUUAUUCCUAUCCCGAAACCGAGCGGCCCCGACGAUAGAGAGGAACGCGACGGCAGGAAUCAGCGCCGCCUCGAGUUGUGAAAAUCGUGCGCGGUUUUGCCUGUUCACUGUGUUUUUUCUUUGUUUUCCCGAGAAAGGUUCCCUAGAUCGUGUCUUCGUCUAUCUUUCUGCAGUCGGUUUAGAGCGGAACUUGUGAAAGGGUUCGAAGUCGCAAAAGAUGCGAAGGACGUUCGCAGAAUUUGCGCCACAGCUAGUGUAGUCUGCUGAGAGUAUUUGCUUCGUGUUCUGGUCUUUUUCUUUUUGUUUGUUAACUUAACUCCGUAGUGCAUUGGUUGCCGUGCUGAUUAUGCUAGUCCCGGCCCAGGUUGCCGCAUGUGAGAGAAGUCCACACUGCCUCAAUUUGGUGGGGCUGUUUGCUGGCGAUCUGUUGAGGGUUGAGCCAUGCAAAAGCUGAAGCCUUGGGGUGGUCUGGUUGGGUAAUUAUCAGCGACUAAGAAAGGCCGGACGUGACUGGCAACGCACUGACACGGCAACAGGCUGACCUGCUUCCGAUCCAAGUUCAUCCAUGGCGUCUCUUCUUUUUGCCCCCCCUCGCCUCAGGUUCUUCGCUUAUACAUGACGCAACGAGCUCGCGCCAUUCUCUUUGUUUCCGAAAAUUCUGGCUCUUUUCGUUGUUUGUUCGGCGUGUUUGGCUUCCUUGCUUGUUCGUUGUGCAAACAAGUAGAACCAUGGAUAAACACAGCGCAGCGCGCAUGAAUUAGCUCGCAAAGUAUGGCGAUGCCUGGGGUCUAUUUUUAAGCAUCAUGCCGCUCCUAAUUAUAACUCCCCCUCGAAGCAAACCAUGAAAAUUAAUAGGAAACACUAGGCGCACUGCCAUGAUCAGGCUAGUCGCUAGAGCUACGCCGUUGGGUGCCUGCUAUUUUUCUCAUUGGUUUGGGACGUUCGCUUCAUUAAGUUUGGGCCUUAGAAGCGCCCUGCCUUUCCGCGCAAUAAAGCUAACCUUCUGACGUGGCGCCGACUCGGUUUGUGCUCCCGCGCCGUCUGUCUUGUAAAUCUGUCGCCCUCUGUCUCUGUGUUUGUCGUUUCCCUGUGCCCUUUGUGCCACGGGUGUCGCGCCGAUCUUUCAGCAAGUAGAUUACUCUGAGUCAUUUUAUCCGUGCGCACUUCCGUCUCGGUCUUCUCCUUUCGAUUAGGUCGCAGCAGUAUGCUCCGACGGUGCUCCUUCUGGCUUCUUUAUGGUAUUAGAGUUGUAUGAUUGCGCAGCGUUUUCCAGCGUAGUCUGCUCCUAGUUAACGCGGCGAGUUAUCUUGUGUUGGGGCGCCUUGUUUAUUCUUAUCGCUCCGUUUCCGUCUAUUGUUCUGCAUGCGUCAGCAUUAUCAUCGUCACCAUCAUCAUUAUCACCAUCAUCAUCGUCGUAGUUGUAUCACAUGAACAAGUUGUAACACCUCUAGACGUGAACAGGCUGUGAGCUGUUACACCUUUAGACUAGGCACGUCAGUCAAUCAAUCAACCUUAACAUCAGGUCGAUGUCUGACAUUGUCUACAUCCGUAGAAAUAUGGACUUAUCGGAAAAAGUGCUCUGGUCGGGUUUGAGCGACAAGGAGAACGUCAUGAAGCAAGAUUUGACAACAAAGUGCGUGAAACAGUUACGGUGACGGUUCCCAUGUUAUAUAUGUGUAGAUUGCUGUUUAUCCUAGGUUUAUCCCAAUACGCAAUAUACAGAUUCUUGUGUAUUCUUCUUGUCUGUUGCAUAUUAGAGAAAAAUACUCGCCGCCUCAUUCUUCCCUCAUUUUCGAGUUAGUCCGUCCAGUCAAAGCAGUGGCGGCGCGUACAUGCUACCUUGCUUGCCCAGUCAUUUCUGUUGUGCGCUGUCUCGGUGAUAACGUCAUUAUUUAUUUCUAGAGAGCACGAGCAGACAUGGCGCGUACUUUAUCUGUUUUAUUCUAACUUUCUUAUGCUGCGCGAUGCUGUGCUUGUUACAGCAUUCUGUUGUAGAAAGAUCGGGUCGCUAUUGAACCACCCUCCCUCGCAGGGGCGUAGUGCCUGGCCGUCGUGCUUCAGGCUGCCCGUAGGGUAACUAAAUGCUCGUAGUGCGGGAAGUCGUCGACAUAGGAAACAAAAAAAGAGAAAAGGCUGCCAGGGUGGGGCACAUGAGUGAAUGAAUGCACAUAGCCCCUUGGCCUCAUGAAUAGGCGCAGUUUUAUAGUCGUAAACGAAGGUGCGCUAAUUCCUAUCCACAUCAAUCAAUCAAUCAAUCAGUCUUAUCUAAUGCGUAACCAAGAGUGGGGAGGCUUUGGCCUGUUCAACAUGAACUCGGCGUUCUCGGAAGUCGUUCCCGAAAGGGUUUGUAAGACGGAUGCGCGCGGACCACUAGCACAAUUGGGCGUACAAUUAUGGCUCCUGCAUAGAACUAGUACUGUGUUUCAGUCACGUGAGGGCUCCCGUCUCUAUAGGUGAGCCAAUUCCUAUCUUAUCCUAGACGCUACUCGGCUAGAGCUUCUAUGCAAUAUGGAUUCUUAGAUAGUCGAGUAAUGGCCGCAACGCGAAGCUGUCACAUGCCAUUUACUGGCAGUAAGAACCUGACUACUCAGCUACUUUUCCGAAAAAUCAUUGUUUUACCUCAGCCUGUAAUAGAAGUUACUCCCACAUUUAUCCGAGGGUAGUUCCUCCAUCCAAUGGAACUAAUAGUCGCUGCCACCAUACCUGGACUAUUAACUGUAGCAUUUUUAUUUAUAUCUCAGGCUAUUUAAGAAGUCAAGAUAAUAAUCAAGGUUAAUUAUUGUAGCAAAAAUGCUUCUUCUCUAGACCGCGGAGUCAAUUAGUCAAUUAUCAACUAUGAGCAAUUGACUAGAGUAGAUAUCAAGUGCUUUGUUUCUACGGAAUCUCUAAGAAUACCCAUGGUCGAGACGAUCCAGAGCAUGCUAUCGGAAGUCGUGGUCGGAUUCGAACGCGAUGCUCAGCAACGGGUGAGCGAGGUGAUUUAAGAAUGGAUGCAUAGUACUAUUUUUGUUCGGACUGUCUUUGAAUUGCAAUGAUAAUAAGGCAUACUCCCCGAUGAAUAACCAGCAAGAAACUGACUGUACUACUUUUCCCCUUCUGAGAGUACUAGACCAGUAGAGGUUCUUAUUGGGUCCCCAGUAAGCGCCUUUGCUUCUAAUAGAAGACUCGGCUGGAAGUAGUUUCUCUUGGGUUCCUAAAGGAGUAUAGCUAGGUUUAGUAGUUCCUCCUUUUCUUCCAUGACGCCUUAUUUUUAGUACUAAAUACAUCGGUUGUGAUAGGUGUACACUGUAGUUCAGAUUGAAGCACUGACUUCUCUGCAGCUUCACAGCUUUUUUAUUACUAGUUUGCUCUUCAUUCCCGACAGUAGUUCGAAAGCUUUAGUAGUUCUUCUCGAGUUUUAGUAGUUUCGGAAGAGAAUGAAGAGCUUCAGGUUCUUCGUAUCGGUUCUCUAAUUCCAACCAAAUGCGCUGAGGAAGUGGCCGCUUACCUCGGAAGCAUUUACGACACACGCGAAAGCGCAAGUGGAUACGGCGAAAAUGCAAUGCAAGAUAGGAGGUCAAGACCCCGUUUAUGGCUAAAACAUGGUAACAACAGAAGUAGAGGUACUAGGCUAUGCCGUGUCCUUGAUCAGUGAAAAACCGAGGCCCUUCAUAACACACCAUAGCAACAGUAGCAGAAGUGCAAGAGCAGCGUUGUAGCGACAGGAGUAGAAGCAGCAGAAGUAGAUACUGAAUCUGUUUCGUCUUGCUACUGCAUAGUGCUAUUCUUGGGAAAUGUAAAAAUGUACUGAUGGAACACAAGUGAAGACUCGUAUACUAGUGCAAUUUCCUCUUCUUGUACACAAGUGAAGACUCGUAUACUUGUGCAAUUGCCUCCUCUAGUACACAAGUGAAGACUCGUAUACUAGUACAAUCGCCUCCUCCAGGAAACAAGUGAAGACCUCCUCCAGUACACAAGUCUUGUCUGAGUAUUAGUAUUUAUAGGGUUAGCGAUUUUUUCUGAAAUCCUUAAGGGACUCCUUUAAGUGCCUCCCUUAAGGAAACUGCUCGCCUGGAAGAAUUUUUAUUACAAAAAGUUACUCUAACUUUCCUUAAGAGAAAAAACCUUCCGUAAGGAAGCUCCUUAAGAAAAAGCUGCUAUGGCCUCUGGCUAAUAAUAGACCCUCCCUUAUGGGAUUCCCAAGGACUCGCAAGCGAGUAAAGCUCUCCCGCGUGUUCUGCCCGACAGUCCUUUGAUUUCCUGGAGUUUUUUGCCGGUGGUCUACUUUGUCGCCCAAAUUGCCAGCCCCCACCGUGAUCCCCCCCAACACACUACGCGCCCACCCCUAGCGAAUCGCCUCAACAAACUCCCAGCCGCUACCCUUAUCGCCCAGCGCCUUUUUUUUUCAAAAACUUCAGGGAGGUCAUUCAAAUGCGGAAGAAGCUAAGCGACCCCGCUGAAGUUCUUGGGAAAAAGUUAGCUUUUUCCUCUUCCACGACUACCUUCCGCGCACACCAAUCGACCACAGGAGCGCGCGGGCGUGUCCAAGAUUGCCCUUCUCAUGGACACGAUGACGCCCAAGAGGCUCCGGCCUUCAGAUAUGGAGGGGCCCGGGCCUAUCCUCCCUCCAGGCAUCGACGCCCCCCGGGUCUUCUCCUUAGAAUUCUCAUAGACAUGACGACACUCAAAAUGCUCACGCUUGAAGGGUGGACCCUGGUGGGCGUCAUCAUGUCCAUAAGUAGGCGACGGCUUUACAGCUCCGCGCUUGAAAGCUGAAGGCGUUGGGGAUGUCGAUGCUUCGGAGAAGGUUAGCUCUGCGCCCUUGCUUGUCUGAAGGGUGGACCCUGGUGAGCGUCAUCACGUCCAUGAGGGGGCCAAGCUUAUGCACCUCUAUGCGUGAAAGUUGAAAGAAGGCGCUGAGGAUGUCGAUGGCUGUGAAAAUGAUAGCCGUGCGCCCUUGCUUAUCUCAAGGGUGGACCCUGGCGAGCAUCAUCACGCCCAUGAGAAGGCCAGGCCUAUGCGUCUCUGCUCAUGAAGGCUGAAGGCGUCGAGGGUGUCGAUGUCUCUGAGGAAGAUACUUGCGAGGGCUUGCAUCGCUGAAGGGUGGGCCGACCCUGGAGAGCGUCACCAUGUCCAUGAAAAGGCCACGUCUAUGCAUCUCCGCAAAACACGGGAAAUCUGAAAGCGUUGAAGAUGUCGACGCCUGUGAGGGUGAUAGCCGUGGGCAUUUGCGUGCCUGAAGGGUGGGCUGGACCUUGGUGAGCGUCAUCACGUCCAUGAGAAGGCCAGGCGAAUGCGUCUCCGUGUUUGAAGGUUGGCGCCCAACUUCUGCGCAUAGAUAUGCCCAAGCGCGGCCUUCUCAUGGGCCUCAUGAUGGGCCGCAGUGUCGGCCUUUUGCCAUGGGUAUGCUGUGCCUUAGAAUUCUCCUGGACAUGAUCACACUCAAAAGGGCCCAGCUUUUGUGCGUGCAUAUGUCCAGGCGUGGCCUUCUCAUGGACUUCUUGACGCUCAACGGGCCAGCCUUGGCGCCCAUUGGCUCCCUAGUAAGCAAGUUGGCCAAGGCAGUAGCCUCCUUACCAGCCUCGCCACAGUGGGGGCCAGCUUCUCGGCUUUUCUAGCCUUUGCCGCGAGCAGGCUAGGAGGCUGCUUUCGUUUGUCUUUCUGUAUCUUAGUGAGCAUUCCGUCUAGUUGUUAGCCUAUGCUCAGCGCAGCGGGCCCUUGAAUGAUGGGCCCGCUUUCUGGGCAUGUACUAUUAUUGAGCUGCAUACUGCAACUGAUCUGAAUAGUAUUCAAUACUACAAGAGUUACCAAUACCAGCAUUAUUACAAGUGAUCUGAGUCACGUAAUUUUUCUAAUACGGAGCAAAGCUCAACAAGGAGCUGAAAAUGACAGCCAAGAAAUUGGAGGAAAAAUGCGCUACAGAUCCGGGGGCUGCUAACCUAGAAGAGUUAUGCAUAACAACUACGGAGUCUCUGAGAGAGCACAGGAGGAGCAAAAAUUUUGGGAGUUUCUUUUUCUAAUGUACUUACGAUUCAGCACCUCGACGAUGUGCCUCUUCUACUCUUUCUUCAAGAACAGAGUUGCUACAGCACUGGGUGGCCUGACAGGUACACAUCAAUAGCUACAAAAGAGGCGCCAUGACAUGACGCCACUUUCUAAUGUAUGAGGCAGAGGCAUUGAAAGGAGCCGCGAAAUUGUUUCGAGAGGAGGCGAGGGCCCUCUACGAUCAUAAGUUGCUGGAGACUAGCACGAACGCGUGGGACAGCUACGGUGGGCUCGUAGCGUACUCACAUGCCACAUUGAACGCGAUUGAAGCUGGAGCCAUGUUUUCCAAGCAGCAACAAGAUACACGUAGUUUUGAAUCCUAUUGUUUAAAUAAUUUGAUCUUAGAUAGUAGAUACAACUGUGCAUGUACUUAGUAAUCUUCCUAAGCGAGAACUUACAAGGUUGAUGCACGUACUUACUCUAUUCCUUUCUCUAUUGUCUCUUCUACUUCUCUACCUUCUCUAAAUUGUCUCUAUUGUCUCAUCUACUUCUCUACCUUCUCAUCUACCUAGGUAACGCAGCCCAACCGAAAACGUUUGCUAAGGAGAUGGGCCUAGCGUGGGAAGAAAUUUCCCCUCAACUCAAAGCCAAUAUCAAAAGCACCAAAAGCUUCGCCGAACAAACGUGUAAGCAGAGAGAGUUAUGACUAAAAGAAGAUAGGAGCAAUCUGUGAAGAGAUUGGCCGUAGAACUCGGGAGGCCGAUACUUCGUUGGAAUCUCAGCGAGCUCCUCGAGUAGUGCCUGUCCGGAGUCGCCUAGCAUGAGCGCCCUCCUCAUAUGCUAAAUAUAUAAUAAUUAGAUCGGAGCACUAGUCUCACUAUCACCAGUCUCACUAUGAUUAUUCUUACAAUCACAUGAUUGAACUAGAUCUGACUAGUUUCAGUUUGGUCACGCUCACUUUCCUCCAUACCUGUCUCAACUUUGCCUUGCAGUGAUUUAGAUUUGUGCGCAAACACCUGUGCGGUGGCUAUGGACAGCAUCAACUUUCGACUACACUUGCUUCAAGAAGUGUUUAGUAGUUUAGUAGUUGAUCAUCUCUAAAGCGGUAGCGGGGACGGGGUAGUUUUUGAUGGGUCUAAUCAGGACAAUAUGAUAAGUACGAGACGCGCAUCAUCAGAUGCGCACCAUCAGAGGUGCUUAUCACUGCUUAUCAAUUUGAGAGUUUUCAUAUAGAAGAUUUUCAUUUACUAGACUCUAGUUCAUGAACGGAGUUCUUAGAACUACUAGUACCAGAAGGAGUUAAUUUCCGUUCUUGGUACUACGGAGUAAUGAUCAGUUAAGAACAAGAACUCGUUACACUUCUGGAACACGCGGUUUAGAAGCUAUGAAUGUUUAGAAGCUAUCUUGUCUCUCCAGUGGUAGAAUAUGACCACCCACGAAGACGGGUGAUGAUAUAACUACACAACUUCUCAAGGAAUUCCUGCACCUCUCGUGUAUUGAUGACCAAGCUUCUUCUAAUUCUUAGCGUUUCGCAGUGUAUCGCAGAGCUGGAGCGUGAGCAAAUCAUAGAGAGGAUGGAAAAUGUGAUAGAAUUAAGGCUGAAUAUAUUUCAUUUCUACGAAUCAUUUCUCGUGGCUUCCUUCUUGGGGUCGCCUCUGGAGUCUGAAGAAAUGGGGGGAACAAGUGAAUGAGAAUCGCUUGAAGCUCUAACAAAACAGGUCAGAAAAUACGAGGAUGAGCAGAAGAAGCUGAAGGAAGCAGCGGAUGCGAAAGAGGCAGAUCGGCAGAAGGUAGAGGCAGACAAAAGGGCGAAGCUCCAUGCGUUAAGAACACUCAAAAUUAGUCGUAGUAGUAUUGGGAGUACAAGACCUACUUGAAAAAAGUAAAUAAGAGAAAUGUGAAAGGCGUCGUGGAUGCAUAAGCACACGAGGGCUCAUAGGUUCAGAACACUGGAAAGUAGACGCGGUCCCGUAAAUAGUACUGAAAAGUAGAACAAUACAUAGGGUUAGCCUUAUUUUCUAUGUCAGAACGUCUAUUUUCUUAGGACUACUCACUUCAUCCUAGAGAAGACUAUACACGCGAGAGGCGUAGCGCAUUGUUCUCGGAGACUGCUCUAAGGCUUGCGAAGCGGUUUUGCGAUAAACAGAAAAGAGACUGGGGCAAGCACGUUUAUGACCCAAAAAUAUCAAGCAGCGACUUUACUCAGGUCACCCGCCUGGGUGCUUGUCGGCUUCACUCAGGUCGCCCAUCAUCCUCGGGGCCGAGUAGGUGCCGGCGGUGCUCGAUGUGAAGGGUCCAUAAGAUAACCUAACCUAUCCAAAUAUCCUUGGUUAGGGUUCCACCACAAGAAUUGUUUCGCCUCUUGUACUAGCACUUCUAACAGAGACAAAAGCUCGACUCGAUCCUGCAGACGAUUAUUAAGGCUCAGCUUUCAUUGGUCCGUCAUGGAAGUUGGUCAGCACUGAAACCGAAGAAAGCCCCCGUGAAAGAACAGGGAAAAACGAUCUCUAUUGUCUCAUCUAGUUGUCUACUGUCUCAUUUAGUUCUCUGUAAAUACUGGAAAAACAAGUGGAGAGGUGUGGGGCCCUUCCCGUUCAGAGUCGGUGACCCAUGACUAGGUAGUGACCUUUUAAGACUAGUGACCAGCUUGAGAUGAUCCCGCGGCCGGGUGAAGAAAUCCCAUGGAAAGAGAAGAGUCCAACCUUCGAUCGCACAAAGCCUGAGGUACUUAGACUUAGCCUUCUAUUUCUUGAUGUGUAAGUCAAGAGAGGUGCCGAAUCUUUCUCGUUCGAACAAGGCCUCCUGAGGUAAAAAGUGCGGACUUUCAUUAGAAAACAGCGCAAAGCCAUGCCUUUAGAACUGGCGCCCUGGUGUGGUUCCCCAGGGGAAGGAUACGAUGGGACCCAGAAACACUUGCUAGACAAAACACACGGACGGACAUGCAUGGACAGGCGCUACGAUUGAGGAGAAGCCUGCGAAGUGUCAGCCCUGGCGGGGCGUCAUCGGGCGCGCUGCAGCGGGGCGGCGGGCCUUAUGAGUGCGCGCCGUUUGCCUCCGGAGGAUAUGCGGGCGCCAGGUAGGGCUGGAAGCCCCUGCGGGCCUAUCUUCAAGCGGAAGGCAUGUGCAGGCACAUGCCAUGCCGUGGGGCUUCGUUCGCUGGGGUUUCAGGCAUUCAGAGACCACGCCGGUCCGCGGGGGCUCAGAGGUGUAGGGCGUUGCCCAGGGGGCGCGGCGCUGCAAGCAAGUGACGUGACCGCACGCAAGCAAGCGACGCGACGGCAUCAGGCUGCCGCCUCGCACCAUCGGGCAGCGUGGGCCCAGGGCUGGGGUGAGAGGAGAGCGCGGCGCCAGAGCGGGCCUUCUAGGUAACUUCCAAGGCUCGCGCUCAACUGCGUGGGCACAGGACUGGGGGAAGAUGAUAGCGGGGCGCCAAAGUGCGCGGGCGCCUUGGUUAGCUUUCAAAAUUCAGCCACUCCGUAAGUUACUUUCAAGGCCCACGUCCUAACUUUCAAAAUUCGCAGCUUAGCUUUCAAGAGUCAUGUCCUCACUUUCGCAACUCAUGCCCUGGGCUUUACAGUUCAUGCCUUAUGCUAACUGUCAAAAUUUAUACCUAAACUUUCGGAGUUAAUUGCCUCGCCUUCACAAUGCAUUUUCUAUCAUGGGUCUUGCCUGGGCUUUCACGGUUCAUGUCCUGAAUUUCCAAACUCAUGCCUUAACUUUCAAAGUUCAGGCCCUAGCUUGCAAGGGUCACGCCUUAGCUUUCUGAUAGGGUCAGAAGUUCCCGAAAUUCUUGAAGUUCUAAAGUUCACGAAUGUGAAGGCCAUGAUCUUCCUCAUUCUUAUGCUGUUCCAUUUCUAUGGGUCUCAUGCUCAUGAAAAUAAUAAAAAGCACGAAGGCCAGCCGGGUGACCUUGAUCGAGAUCAGGACAACAGAAGAACAAGAGCAAGAAGGCGAGCCACUGAGACCAGCCACAUGAUUGAACAGGAACAGCGUGCAUGGGUUCUCGUGCGUUUUACAUGUUUCAAAUGAAGCCGGUCGGGGCUACAUUUUAAGGAUUCACAGACAAAGCGAGCCAGUUUCUCAAGCCGCACGGCGUCUGCGUUCAUAAGCAGCGGACCACUUUCAAAAUUCUCUCCAUGGCUUUGCUCUCAGAAUUCAUAUCCUAGCCGUCAAAGGUCAUGGCCUAACUUUCAAAAUUCAUGCCUUAUGCGUGUUACUUCCAAAGGUCGCGCCUUGCCUAACUAAACUUGCAAAAUUCAUGUCCUUACUUUCGCAAUUCAUGCCCAAACAAACUUGCAAAAUUGAUUCAUGUUCUGGCAGGCUUUCAGAAUUCAUGGCCUAACUUUCAGAAUUAAUGCUCUAGCUUUCGCAACUCAUGAGCACAGCAAAGCGCUGCGCGUUUUUGCAGUGUUGUCGGCGCGUGUGUUUAUUUUCAAAAUUCAAAAGCAAGGCACAAAACUCAAAUGCAAAGCGCAAAAUUCAAAAUCAAAACGGAAACUCAAAACCAAAAGUCAAAAUUUAAAAUCAAAAUCAAAACUCAAAGUUGAAAGAUCAAAACCAUUUCCAUGUCGUCCGGCAGAAGAAUUCAGCAUCAGCUCCAACGCGUUAUCUACUAAAGUAUAGAAGUGCUACAACUCCGUUAAAUGUUGAAACUCCUAGUUUCUCACUGAAAUUGACAACAACCACCUCUAGUAUACAUAGGCACAGCCAUCAUUAUCAUCAGCAUCACCAUCAGCGGCAUCAAUUAAGCAGACCCCUGAUAAACAAGACUCCUACUUAUACAGACAAUUUUGGAAGCAAACGACGAGGUGUUCAAUAACGUGGUCAAGUUCAAAAACGAAGAGCAGGACGUUUUGAACGCAAUAGCGAUCCUGAAGUUAUACGCCAACAACUUUAUGGCCUGCAAACGGAAGUAGUAGGGCAGUGUUCCUCUAUACCGCCCCUGGAGUGGGUGUCUUCAUUCGUAAUAGAAGCAGGAACGUUUAUUUCUUGAAGACUCACUGACACUGUAAAUAGCGCUCAUUUGUAAGUAGUUGUUUUUACUCGACACAGGAUCUGGAUCUCACAUAUUAUCAUAUACGUAGGUAUGUUGAUAGAAGCUGCAAACCAAGUUUAUUUGAACACCCACUCCAUGGCAAUUUGAUGCUUCAUUGUCUUUUCCUUAGAAAAAAAUUUUGUUAGCGUACACUAUCGUCAGCACUAUCGGAAGGUAGUUGCUGGGCGGUUGGUGGAUGUCCUUUGGCACUCCAUCGUCGUCAUCCUUAUCCUCAUUAUCGUCAUCAUUUCAUGGAACGGAUAAAGCCGGGUAAAGCUGGAAGGAAUUUGGCGGAGUUAAGGCGAAAAAAUUGUACAACUUCGCAAUUUGUAGCAUUGAUUUGGGUUGAAGUUGCAUUUUUUGAGCUGUUUAUUCUAUGAGAAUUCAAAUUAUCAACUGUUCCUCGAAUAGUUAAGGUAAGGGCAUGCGACGUGAUGUUAGUGUGAUUGUGAUUGUGAUUGUGAUUUUUCGCAUAGAGCACGUUAGCAUGUGCACCACCCCCAGCUAAGAUCAUAACACUAGAUCACACUCCGUCCCCGUUGCAGGGUCUUCGUUUCCCUGUUGGAGGCUAGUGGAAGUAAUUGCGGGUCCUGAUGUUAUAAAGUAGUAAGACUUACUGUUGUACUUAGGUGGUGAUAAGGACCUCCUUUGUGAAGGUCAGUUAGCAGGGAGCUGCAUCCCUGUCUGCUGCCCUUGUCCAAGAGUUGCCUCUUGGGGACAGCUCGAAACGUUUCGAGCCAUAAGACUUAGGUGCUUUGGGAAAUGAAUGAAAUAUAAGGUUGCAUGAUUGCUACUUGUGGCUGCCUGUGUGUUCUGGGAUGACGAGAGAAGACGAGGAUUUGAAUUUACUUUAAUCACAGGCUGGCUAGGAUUGGGGGACUAAUGAGAAUUCAAAUUAUCAACUGUUCCUCGAAUAGUUAGGGUAAGGGUAUGCGGCGUGAUGUUAAGUGAUGUUAGUGUGAUUGUGAUUGUGAUUGUGAUUGUGAUUUUUCGCCCACCCCCCCACCCGAAAGAUGGAGGACGAUGAUAUCGAGAUCCUUACCGCAAACCGCAACGCGAUCUCGAGGGCAGCCCUGGCAACAAAUACGGCUCCGAGUUCGAAAACAAGAUCUGCACUCGUUGCCAAGGAGAAGACCGCCGCGUCCAUCUCUUCGUCUAGUUCUGCUUCAGCUUCUGCUAGAUCUUUUAGCAGGGAAAUCAAAAAGGAGAAAGUGAAGCUGGGUUCUAGUUCCGAUAAAGUCAGUUUCGAAUCAGCGCUGCGCACGUUAUCGGAUGCCAUGGCGAAGCGAAGGACCACUUAAUAGCAGAGUUCAACAACCUUCAGCACAAGCCGAGAUCCAAGACGUCUCAGAAUUUUGUGCUGGCCAAAUACUUCCAUCCGAUCUGCGAGAAGUUAGGAUGGGACCCCGAUGCGCCUCUAGAUAAAGAAAAACUUAACGUGGUUGCUGCUAUAUUUCGUAAGUGCAGCAGCUUCUCCAACAGCGCACACAUAUAUUUAGCGAACUUGAAAGCUGCAAAAGGUGGAGGGUCUGCAUGGGGUCCAGAAUUGAAGGCGGAACUCUUAAAGUGCUUCAAGAUCUUGCAACAGCAAUCGAAUCCAAGUCAAGAGGAACCAGCGCUGAUCAAGUUUUGGAAAGACAUGGACAAGAUCACUGGCUCCCUCACUCUCGCCGGCAAGGUCUUUGACAUUAAGGACUACCUCGAUUUUGCUGUCUGUCCGUGGUUUCUUCUCUCGCGACCAGAUGAGUUGAAAGAUCUCACCAGAGAGGUCAACGCUCCCGAGAUCACAACCAAAAAGCGCAAGAUCUCGACCAAGAAGAACGCGUCUUCAACUGUUAAUUCGGAGACCGCGCUCUUUUUCCUCACCGGAAGCAAAACCGAUACUGGAAGUCGAGGCUUCCACGCAAAUUUUAGGUGCAGCUGCGAGUUCUCGAAAGCGAUAAAGAUCGAUCGCAAAUUAUGUGUAGUUCACUGCUGUUCGGACAAAAUUUUCCAAUCAUUCGCAAGCGCCCCAGCGUCGACACACCGCAAGAUCUUCAAUCACGCCCUUGAUCUCGCAGGAAUCGAAAGCCCGAAGAUCAACAAAACCAGAAGGCGCUGGGGCUUACACGGGUUCCGCAUUGGUGGCGCCCAAGUCGCGCGAUGCGGCGGCUUACCUCGUUCUACCGCCCUGAAACUGGGAAGAUGGCAAAACGAUACUACAAUGAACAGAUAUGAGAACAGAUUCGAAAUCAACGCAAAGGAGACAGAGGCGCUGGAGUGGCCUCUAGUCUCCUGUGAAGUUAUUUCACUAUCUUCAGAAAAUAGUAAAAAUGUCAAGAAGAAAAAGUAAGGGCUAAAUCGAAAUCAGGAUCAGUCAAUCUAUAUUUGCAUCCUUCACAAGUGUGACUUCUCUUAUCAGCCAAAAUUGCAAUCUCAAGGUCACUUCGAUCUUCUCUGCGUGGCGCCAGUUCCGGUCCCUACUUGUCCUCGCUGGCGAUUAGUAGAAGAAGAUGAGAGUUCAAGAGAGAUCCAGAGCGAAUUUAAAAUUUCUUUGACGAGAGUUCUGGAGAGAAAAAGAAUAAAAAUAUCAAAAACUGACCCCACCCACCAUCCCCUCUCCCAAAAAGCCAAAAAUGGACUUUGAUGCUGAUCUAACUAAAUCCGUCGUGAUUCGUGAUGUAAUGCAAAAGGACGCUACGCGUCCUAAGUAAUGUUAAUUAUGUAAACACGAAAAAGCAGGGCUCUCAAACGAUCGAAUUCCUCGGUGGAUUCUCGUUUCCUCGUAAACUUUUUCACUUCGUAACAAACCAAAAACUCAAGAUGGCCAACGCCUUGCUGCGCCAGUUCAUGGGGAUGUUAGGCGACGCCGGCAUCGCCAUCCCCAACAAUCAACAGCGGGAUGCGCAUAGUCUCGCGCUCGCAGACGUCGAUGAAGAAUUCAAACCGAGCUUCGGCGUGGCGCAGAAGUACAGACGUUUGCUUGAGGGCGAGAUCCUGCGCGCCAGCGUCAGCAAAGCAAAGAACGAGACGACGCCCUAUACGUAUUUGGCUGUCGUGCGCGCCUUGGGCAUCUUGAACGACGACCAAGUAAAGCAACUUUCCGGACAAAUUUCCAAGAUGGCCUAUGGAGCCCUAACCAACGACGAAGACACCGGAAUCGGAAAAGCCGGCGCCUUCGAGAUUUUCUGGGACGAGGCCGGCAAAGCGUUGAGUUCUAUGGCCACAGCGCCGGACGGUGUGGCGAAUCCAUAUGUUCAUCGUUGUCGUGUCGCCCUCACCGUCACAGUCAAGAGCGCCAUGGUCAAGCAGCUGGAUAUUACAAAGGCAAAGAAACACUUGGAGAUGAAGUUUGAAGAGCGCUUGGGUUCGGUGGUGGCUAAAUUCGAGGCCAAGAUCCAAGCCCAGCAAAGUGCCAUCGGUCGGCUUCAAAGUCAAGCAACGCUGAAGCGUCCCCCCCCCGGUGGUCCGGAUCAAGGCCCGGGCGCCAAGCGCACCAACACACAAAGAGAGCCGCUUUUAUGCCAUGAUUGGCUAAAAGGCACUUGCACUCGUAAGGAGUGCAAGUUUGCCCACCAUGGCACGCUCGAGCGUAUCACGUUCGUAAACGAUCUCAGAAAGCUUGGACUCUCGCCCGAUCAGUGCUUGAAGUUGAGUGAACAAAAGCCAUAGCUUCAGAGUGAUAGCGUCAAAGCUUGACACGCCUCUGGCUUCUAGAUUUAUUUAUCUUUCAAACAUUUACGAAUGCUGUGAAGACCAUUGUAAUGAAUGACGUCAACGCAAGCCGGCGCUAAAUAAAUUUCUCAGCAUAAUAGUUUAACUUGCUUUGGUCGUUAUUUUUAUACCAUGAUAUAAAUCUAUUUGUUUCUGUAACUAGAAACCGUUCUACACUACUUAAGUAAGACUAGUCUCGCGUUACUUUCCUAUCUCGUUUAAGCCUCAUUUGAAGGCCAGCUACUGCGCUACUCAUUAAAACACUGAAUCUCAAGAACCUUCAACAGAGGCGAAUGCGGUAGCAUUACGUGCUAGUGCUGGCCAUUUGUAAAACAGUCAGUGCAUCUUCACACAAAACCCAAAACAUAACAUAGCGGGCACAGUUUGCUGCGAUUACCGUUCGAGUUCGAUUUACGUUGGCUAAAGCGCCGAUCUUCGCCGAUUUGAUUAGAAUUAAAAUCUUAAACUCGUCUGAUUCUAAUCAAAACUAUCGAUCUAAGAAAGAUCGUAAUAGACAACAGUUCGGGAAAGCAAUUAUGUACCUUUAUAACCUCGUAGAUCGCCAUUGCUUCCCCCUCAAACGAUUAACAUCUACACCAAAAAUUUACAGGCACUAAUCGAAUACCAGCAGGGAAGAUGACGGAAGAACUCGUGAGUCGUGAGUGUGAUCGUGACUGUGAGCGUCUAGCCUUCGGGCGUAGAGAGUUAGUCCCAAACUUUAUCAAACAAAUCGUCACUCAUAAAAAGAAUACGUCAAGCGAUGAAAUCAUAGCGUUCAACAGGUUGGCUGCGUCGCGUCUCCUGUCCAUCCAUGCAGCCACCCAACAGGAGAAUGAGGCGCUCCUCCAGGCGAUGCCACCCUGGAUGAGCGCAAAGUACAGAAGUGAUGGUAAGCAGAUCGCGCUCUUUGAAAAGUGUGUAGAGCUCUCUAUAGGAGUUGAGGGAAAUUUUGACGAAGAGCGCAAGAAAUUGGUGAUGCAAUGCGCCGCAAAGUUGCGCACUGGCGUGACUACGUCAGGAGCCAUACCCAGAUGUGGACUCUGGGAGCAAGUUCUUCCAGAAAACGAUCUCCGCCAGCCCGCUCCGGCAGUGAAAAAGCAGCAGCUUCCCAAAGAGGCCUGGGCCUCAGAGAGACAGGUCGCGGAAAUUUGGAGACAGGCGCAAACACAUGUUGCUGUUGGACACUGGUCGGAGAUCGCCGGUGACUUGCCGUAUCCGCCGGUUGUCGCUUUUCCCGUGGAACAAAAGAACAAGACGAGGAUGUGCGUCGAUUUUCGUAUGCAAAGUCGAGAGAUGGCGGCACAGGAACGGAUGCGUUUGUUAGGUUCGAGGCAUACGAUGGAGCGCGUUUCUCUUUUGAUGAAAGAUCGGGCCACCUUCUCUGUCCCCUUCUGGCAAGUGCGUAGAGAUGUUGUAGCUGAUGUAUUCCAAGAAAAACAGUUUCUAGUACAUCUAGAAACCAUCAGGAGCGAGGCCAAGCAAUCGCAAAACUCGCAGGUUGAAGAUGAUGAAGAAGAUGUUCAGCCAGACUUCUCCUUCAGGCCUGCGAUGUCCACAGGAGACCUAUCCGGCUAUUAUCAUCAGUGCUGCGUGGAUUGCCCAGAGAGAAACGUCGUAGCGGUUCCAGUGCCGCGAGUUGCUACCACUGGUAAAAGAGAUUGGAAGGUCUACAAGUCCAUAGUGGCGCUCUUCGGAUCCUUGGGGUCCGUUUACGACUGCGUCGGGAUAUCUGAAUGUCAUAUGCUAGCUUUGGUGGUGCUAUUAAACUUAAUAGCACCUAUGUACAUUGAUGGCGUUCAGCUCCUCGAGCGCAAAGGUGCACUGGCCUCAAGUGAAGCCCUCCUCGGCCUUUAUUUCGCGCUGGGAGGAUGGGCCCAGAGCGAACAUAAACAAGAGCCCCAUCUUGUACAAGCAUCAUGGACAGUUCUAGGUGUGUCAUACCUUCGGCCGGUAGACUCGUCGCCAUUUUUGGCUUCCAUCCCAAAAGAAAAAGGAACAAGAUGCUGCGAGGAGAUCAGCGAGCUCAUUGGCACGCUAGAAAACUUCGCCGCGAAGCGUGCCGUUCUGUUGAGAAUGCGUGGCUUGGUUCGCUACUGUGCUUCUCUUUCCCGAACCAUAGCCGGAGUUGUUCGGGCCCUUGACCCUUGGCGCGACCAUCCGUUUUUCAGUACGAACAUCAAAAAGCGAGCAGCUCGGAAAUCGUUGAAGAGCGUGUGAAUUUGCUGCCGCACGUUGUUGCGCACCUUGAAGGAGUUAGACAUCAAGCCGGAACGAUGCAACGCAAAAAGAGUUCGCGUCUAUUCUGAUGCCGCGCCAUUGCGAUGGGGCGCGGCCCUCUGCCCAAAGACGUCAACAGAGCGCGUUGACAUCUCCGCCUUGAGAGUUACGGUUGGAGCUGUCGUUGAUGAUGAAGGGAUACAAAUGCACACUCUGUCCAUCCCGCGCUGGGUCGCUCAACUUCAACCGGAGACUGCGCUGUGGGAGAUGAUCGCAGUCGAUUGCCUGCGCAACCACUUUGGAAUCAAGUUGCAGCACAGAGACGUGACUCAUCACAUCGACAACCUUGGCGAUGUUUACAAUCUCGUAAAAGGAUCAGCCAAGAACAACAUCACCCAGGCUGUCGUCACGAAAAUACUGCAACAGGCCCAAGAUCGUGAUCUCCAAGCCUACUACGCCUGGAUAUCCACCCACCGCAAUCCCGCUGAUGAUCCGACAAGACUGCGCAAGUUGGAUCUACUAAAAGAGAAGUAUCCCAACACAAUGUGGAGGACGUUGCGUGACUCCGCCGCCCCUUGGGACAAAUGCCAUGAUAUAUAUAAUCAACUAUCUCAGUUUAUUGUUAAAGAUUAAGGGACAGCGGGGUCGCCUUUCCUACUCGUCGAGUGGACUGCUUCUGCAGAUGGUGCCCUUUCCCGAAGCUUCCUAGAGCUGCCCCCUUUUUGCAAAGUAAUUGAAGACCACACUUAUGAAGUAAUUGCGGGUCCUGAUGUUAUAAAGUAUUAAGAUCUUACUGUUGUACUUAGGUGGUGAUAAGGACCUCCUUUGUGAAGGUCAGUUAGCAGGGAGUUGUAUCCCUGUCUGCUGCCCUUGUCCAAGAGUUGCCUCUUGGGGACAGCUCGAAAUGUUUCGAGCCAUAAGACUUAGGUGCUUUGGGAAAUGAAUAAAAUAUAAGGUUGAAUGAUUGCUACUUGUGGCUGCCUGUGUGUUCUGGGAUGACGAGAGAAGAUGAGGAUUUGAAUUUACUUUAAUCACAGGCUGGCUAGGAUUGGGGGACUAAAGUAGAUAAAGAUCCACGAGUAGCAGUACUAGCAAUCCUCGUGGCCUUUGUCUCCAAUCAAGAAGAACUAGUACCCGCACGACACAGGGGUGUGAGAGACGUUUUAACACGUAGCACUUUGUUUGCCUUGAUGACGAAAAGCUAUGAUCUCAUCUAAGGAGAGGUAGACGAUUUGAUAAUGAAGAGGAAAAAAGGAAAAAGUACGAUCCUAACUAAAAACGUCUUCACGCUCGCGCUCACGUGGGCCAAAAACGACUUCAAAUAGAGGAGAGGCCUUCGCGUUCACGUUGUACACAAAUUGUAGGUCAUAGAGAAGACGGGUGCUCGUGUUGUAAAGACAGGGAAAACCUUGCUGGGUGCACCGUUUAGUGGCUGGCAAUAUGCUAGCUAGUUUUAUACUUCAUGGAAUGGAAAAGUGCAUCCCUGCUCGUCCUCAUGAUAUAAACAAAGAGACUGCUGCUCGUUCACUCAUUUGUCAUAGAGAAUGUGUUUCUUUUACUCUGGAGGCUUAUGCUCAACAAUUGUUUUUUUUUUAUCUUCAUUCUCUUAUCAGAAGAAAAACUUUUGUUCUUGUUUGAUCAGAAGAAGCAGACUCUGUUCUUGUUGUGUUGAAACUGUCAGUUUUAGGAAACAACAGAAACAGAACAUAUUCCUCUAAUAUGCAACACGGUGUCGAAAUCGUACGAGGCGCUGAAAAUUAUCCAGAACGCUGUAGCACAAAGUCGGGAACUAGCGGACGCAAAAGCGGCAGACCCCGCCGUAGAAUGCGAUCUCAACGAGAGUGAGGCCUUCGGAAAAUUAUGAAGCAUUUUUAGUAUCGAAGGUAAUGAAGGAUAUGAAGGAUCCUCUGUCUCGGAAGGUUGUGAACGAUCUAAUUGGUAUCUUAGGUGAACAAGUAUAGUCUCUAUUUUUUUCGAGUGUCUAAGGUUUAAGAAGGUUAAGAAGGUUCGUAUCUCCUUCAGAGGUACACAGGCUUGAACAGUGACCCCCCAUUUUUUUUUUUGGUCAAGUUAGUAUUUCCUUCGCUACUAGCUACUUCACUGAAUUUUCCUCACAUGUAGAUGCGGAAUGGUAUAAACGAGGCGCCAUGACGUGACAUAUCUUCUACUAGAACUCGGGGGGGAUGUGUCUUCUUUUAAUAGAAGUUGGCCGUUCUUAUUCCUUCCCUCUCCCCCGUUGCUUUUCGGGGUGGGGGGAGAGGGAAGGAAUAAGAACGUGUGAGGUGCCCCGUGCGUGGGUUUUCACCCACUGCUACUAUCAUGGAUUUUAGAGUCAUGGGCCGGAUGUGUGUUCUUCUAAUAGAAGCGGGGGACGCGCUUAUCCGUUUGAGGCUCGUGUGGGGAAUGAAGCAAGAUGCUGAUAGGAUGGUGGUGAUUGACAAAGCUGAAGCAGAGGAAGAGGCAGACAGCGUGCUGGCUAAAUUUACGAGAGUGUAGCCCCCUGUAGUGGGAUGUACUUAUAAACACUAUGAAACGUUGUACCUAGCCGCGUUAACUGAUCUUAUUAUAUAUAAUCUUCGUUGGCUUUUGAGGAGCCUGAACUCUUAUCCCUAGUGCCAGGAUCUUGGAAGGAAAGUUGGCUCUACUUUUUUCGCUGCUCUUCUUCUCGAAGGGUUGUUACAUGUUAUUGUAAGUCAGGAGCUGCUUCAUCUCGCUGAUGAUUGAGAGCGACCAUCUGAGACGCACUGAUGAUGAUGCAAAGAAUUCGCCUUGGCAGCUCAGUUGACUGCUCUUGCGGAGCUCUUGAAUUCGUCACUGCUUGGUAGAAUAGCUAAUGAAAGGCCUCAUAGAGAGAUACGAAGAGCUUGAGAAGAGCAUCCAUGACGUGACAAGCGCAUCUGCGUACUAGAGGACAACAAAAACUGUAGUUAAAAGGGUCUUAUGGCUUUUUUCCUCUAAAUUGUGGAAUUACAAGGGCAAGGGCAAAGGCAAGGAGCUGAUAAUCGCCGCUGCUAGUACGGCUCUCCUUCAUGGAAAGAAAUGCUAGAAAUAUAGUAGCUGUCUUGCUUCUAGCGAGCAGCUGCUCCUGAUUUCUAGUAGAGAUCAUAGAGAUGCUUCCCUGUAUAGAAGUAAUGCAUACAAGAAAGCAUAGAUCAUACAAAGCAUAGAUAGAAGCAUAGAUCAUACAAAGUAUAGAUAGAAAGCACAGAGACGCGGAAAGCGUAGAUAGUUACAUAGAGGCGAGAGUGAUGCAAAUGUUUUUCACGGAAAUCAUAGGCCUUUACUCGUAAGCUCGAAGUAACCGAGCUAGAAAUGACUGCAAGAGGGGAGGCACUUUUGAAAGGCUACCCUCAUCUCAGUUAGCGAGCGACACGCACGCACCACCAUGGGGGGGCAGCCUUCAGAAAAAUUAGAGGCCUACAGUACACACAUCACAGGCGUCCCAGCUGGAGCUGGACCCGACCACAAAGUGGCCCGGGCCGCGUCUUUGUGAAGGUGGCCUGGCUUCAUUGAACAACGGCGAGCAGAGGGGGCCGCCUGAGUUUACCGGGAACCUACUCGAGGCCGCGGCGAGCCAUGCGCCCUGCCUCCCCUGCUUAGAUCGGCCAGUAAUCCGUGCCGGCCUUACGCGGCUUGCGGGUGACAUCUGGCGCCAAUUGUGCCGACUAGACCCAAGGCCUCUCGGGUGGUGUGCGCCUGCAGCUUCGUCGACGCGCCCCCGGUGUGUGUCUUCGUUCGAGAUAUAUAGAUAGAUAUACGCUCCCGGGCUCCGGGAUGAAGGGCUCUCUCGAUCUAAUUUUUCGAGGGGGGGCCUCCGUAAGAUUCAGCGAACGCCCCCCGCGGAUCGUCACGUGUCACGCCUCUAGGGUGACGCGUAUGAGUCUCGGGGUGAUUGGGUGUUUUUUCGCCAUGCGUGCUCUAGCGUGACGCAUAGGAAUCACAUGGGGCCUAGGUGCUUUUUGACGAUGUGCGCGCUAGCGUGACGCGUGGGAAUCUGAGAGCCCUCUCAGCGUGAGGGUUCUCCCUUGAGGGUCCUCAUGAUCGGAAAGACUUCAGCUGGGUGCCCUCUAUUCAGAUGGAGGGCUCUCCCUUGCGGGUCCUCAUGAUCGGAAGGACUUCACCUCGGUGCCCUCUAUUCAGAGUGGGGGCCCCCCCUUGAGGGUCCUCUCUCAUCUCAUGAUCGAAGAGACUUCAUCUGAGUGCCCUCUCAGAGUGAGGGUUCUCCCUUGAAGGUCCUCUCUCGUGCUCGGAGGAGCUUCAUCGGAGGGCCCUCUCAGAGUGAGGGCUCUCCCUUGAAGGUCCUCGCUCAUGAUCGGAGGAGCUUCAUCUGAGGGCCCUCUCAGAGUGAGGCUGGGCUCUCCCUUGAGGGUCAUCUGAGUGCCCUCUAUUCAGAGUGAGGGCUCUCCUUUGGAGGUCCUCCCUCAUGAUCGGAAGAGCUUCAUCCGAGGGCCCUUUCAGAGUGAGGGUUCUCCCUCGAGGGUCCUCAUGAUCGGAAAGACUUCCGCUGGGUGUCCUCUAGUCAGGUUGAGGGCUCUCCCUCGAGGGUCCUCAUGAUCGGAAGGACUUCAUCUGCGAGCCCUCUCAGAGUGAGGGCUCUGCCUUGAGGGUCCUCUCUCAUGAUCGGAAAAGCUUCAUCUGAGGGCUCUCUCAGAGUGAGGGCUCUCCCUUGAGGGUCCGCAUGAUCGGAAAGGCUUCAGCUGGGUGUCCUCUAUUCAGAUUGAGGGCUCUCCCUUGAAGGUCCUCACGAUCGGAAGGACUUCACCUGGGAGCCCUCUCAGAGUGAGGGUUCUCCCUUGAGCUUGAGGGUCCUCUCUCAUGAUCGGAGGGGCUUCAACAUCUGAGGGCCCUCUCAGAGUGAGGGUUCUCCCUUGAGGGUCCUCAUGAUCGGAAAGGCUUCGGCCCGGUGUCCUGUAUUCAGAUUGAGGGCCCUCCCUUGAGGGUCCUCAUGAUCGGAGGGACUUCAUCUGGGAGCCCUCUCAGAGUGAGGGUCCUCCCUUGACGGUCCUCUCUCAUGAUCGGAGGAGCUUCAUCUGAGGGCCCUUGCAGAGUGAGGGUUCUCCCUUGAGGAUCCUCAUGAUCGGAAAGACUUCAGCUGAGGGCCUGAGGGUCCUCCUGAUCUGAAGGUGGGGCCUUCAUCUGCAGGCCCUUUCUUGAGCGUCACGCGAAAAGCGUGGCGCCUUGUCUCUAGUAAGUCUGUAGGGUACAUGCAGCAAAAGCGUCACUCUUUUCGCGUGACGCUCGAACCAAGAUGGGGCAGGCUCUCAGUAGUAUACCGGGGGGGGAGGCGUGACGUCUUAUGUAGGACCGCGGGGGGCGUUCGCUGACCCUUACGGGGGGCCUCCAGCCCCGGACCCUUUUGCCCGAGGGACUGCCGGGCGGGAAGGCCCCCAAGCGCCCAGCCCCGACCCCUUCCUGCUUCUUGCUUGCACCUUACAGAGCUCCCAUCCCUGAGGCUGUUGAAGCGCCGAGGGCGGGGGGCUGAAGGCUUCCGAAGGUGGCAGGGCUGGGCCCCCUUGCUGUAUUGCGUGUACCCCACAGACCCGACAAAGGUGGCAAGGUUGGACCCCCUUGCUGUGUUGCGUGUACGCUGCAGGCCUUUUGGGUGCGGGCUCCUCACUGGGGGAGCCCCUUGGGAGGUGGGGGGCCUCUGAGGUCCGCAGGCGGCAGGGGGCUUGAUUCCAUCCGCCGCGCUGGAUGUAAGCGACAGAACCCAGGCGGGCACGCCUUGCCCCUCCUCUUCUUCGCCUUUGGUCCUCUGGGUGUUUGGUGGUGGCUGACGCUGCCGCCAAGUGGGGCGAGGAGCGCCAAAGGGGCCAGGCCUCGCGACUGCCGCUGCCUUCGGCGGCUUUCUUCCCCCGGAUGCUGUCACUCUGAUAGGGUCCAAGAGUCGGGAUGCCCGUGGGGUACACGCGAAAAGACGCCAGAGGACUCCGGCGUCGCCUUUUCAGGCUUUCGCCCCCGGGGGUCUUUACAUGUCACCAGAGCGGAAGAAAGGGCGCGUGGACGCCGCCGCCGCUGCAUCCACGGGGGGGCCUCCCGUAAGACCUGGCGAGCGUCUUAUAGACCGCAGACUUGAGCUUUCCCCUCUUCCCCCCCUGCUAUAAGAAAGGGGGAAGCCAGGCGCGUGCUUGCUCCCAUGCGUGACGUGUCACGCUUUUGAGUGUGACGCCGCGCGCCUGACGGUCGGGACAUCCCUUGGAGGCCUGACGAUCUGAGGGGAGUCCGUUUCUGUGGGAGACCUGACGAUCUGAGGAACAUCCGCGAGAGGCGCGAUGACCUGAGGAACAUCCGCGGGAGGCUUGACGGUCUGGGGCACAUCUGUGGGGGGCUUGGCGAUAUGAGGAAGAACAGCCGCGGGAGGCUUGAUGACCUCAGGAACAUCCGCGGGAGGCCUGACGACUUGAGCGCCAUGAUCCGGGUGACGCCUGACGAUCGGAGGAACACCCGCGGGCGGCCUGAUGUCCUGAGGGACAUCCGCGGGACGCUGGUGACCUGAUCGGAGGAACAUCCGGGGGGCGCUUGACGAUCGGAGGGACACCGGGGGGAGACCUGGCGAUCGGAUGAGCCUCCGUGGGAGGCCUGACUGUCAGGCUGACAAUCUGGGGGAACAUUCGAGGGAAGCUUGACGACCGGAGGGCCAUCCGUGCCCGUGGGAGCCCUGACGACCUGAGGAACAUCCGGGGGAGGCUUGGCGAUCAACGAAUCUGAGGAGCAUUCCUGGGAGACUUAACGAUCGGAGGAACAUCCGGGGGAGACCUGACGAUCUGAGGAGCAUCCGGGGGAGACCUGACGAUCGGAGGAGCUGGAACAUCUGCGGGCGGCCUGAUGACCUGCGGAGCACUUGCGGGAGACCUGACGACAAAGACACGACCACGAGACGAAGGCGCCAGAGAAUGGCGGCGGCGCGGGGAUGAGACAACGACCCAACCACGGCAACAAAACAAGCCACCUGCAAGGCAAUGCCUGGCGGCCCAUCCAUGGGAUGCGAGGCACAUGCUCGCAACACCCCUGCAGGCACCUCACCCACCACGACACAGACAACGCACCGCCAGACCCUCCCACCGUCACACGUCACGCUGUCACGCGCCGCGCCGUCUUAAGUCACGCCGUCACACUGGACGACGCCACACGCACCCACGCCACGCCCCCACGCGUGACGCCGCCACAGACACGUCGGCCGCGGCGGCGCGCCACGUUCUAAGUCGCGCACUCUUUGACACACCCCUCCCACGCCACGCGCCCCGCGCCCCGCCGUCACAACCUCACGCGCCUCGCGAAUAAUCUUACGCGAGUCGCGCUCGGCUCCUAAGAAUGAAAGGGCGCCACACCCUCCCGCGCUUCGCUAAGACUCCCACGCGCGUCACGCUCCGAAGCGCGUCACGCCGUCACGCGCCACGCUAAUACCCUUUCGCGUGUCACGCCGUCACGCGUCGCGCUCGUAUUCUUUCGCGCGUCACGCUCCUCAGGUGGGUAGGACGCUCGCACGCAGCGUUCCGCGGGGGCCUCCUUCCUUGUUGUGUAUAAAUAUGUUCCAGGGCGCGGGGCGACGGUGCCCCCCCAUGAAGGGACUUACGGAACCCCGUAGAGCUGUUCGCGACGCGUGACGCCCACCGCGUGGCACCGAGAGCUUCGGGAGGGGGCGAGGCGUCUGCGCUCAAUCUCAAUCGCGACGCACCACGCAACUAGCCUGGGCUAUGUGCUUCGCGUGUCACGUGGCGGCCGGCUGGCGCGUGGUGCGGUCCGUGGGUCUUUGAUCGAUCCGCGAGCUCUUGGUCGAUCCGUGGGCCUUUGAUCGAUCUGCGGGCCCUUUUUCAAUCCACGCCCCCUUGAUCGGUUUGCGGAUCCUUGGCCGCUCCGUGGAUCCUUCCAGGAACGAUCUAGGAAUCCUUGGUCGAUCCGUGGAUCCUUGUCUGAUCCGUGGACAUUUGAUCGAUACGCGGAUCCUUGAUCCAUCCGCGGGCCCUUGGUCGAUCUGUGGAUCCUUGGUCGGUCUGUGCGUGGGUCGCUGAUCAAUCCGCGGGCCACUGAUCAAUCCGCGGGCCACUGAUCACUCUGCGGGCCGAUGAUCAGUCUGCGGGCCACUGAUGUGACCAGUCUGCGGGCCACUGAUCAGUCCACGGGCCCCGGGUCGAUUCGUGGUUCUUUGAUCAGUCCGCGGAUCACUGAUCAGUCCGCGGAUCCUUGGUCGAUCCGUGGGCCUUUGGUCAAUGAGUCCGCGGGUCACUGAUCAAUCCGCUGAUCACUGACCAAUCCACGGAUCACCGAUCAGUCCGCGGAUCGCUGAGCAAUCCACGGGCCCGAUCGCUGAUCAAUCCACGGCCCGCGGAUCACGUACCAAUCCACGGCUCACCGAUCGGCCCACGGGUCGCUGAUCAAUCCACGGGUCCGAUCGCUGAGCAAUCCACGACCCGCGGAUCCUUGACCAAUCCACGGGUCACCGAUCGAUCCGCGGGCCCCUGAUCGAUCCGUGGCCCGCGUGUGCCGCGUCACGUGUCAUGCGUGACGCGUCACGCGUCAAAGAAGAGCAAGGAGAUCGCCUUUUAUAUUAGGGGGGUUACGCGGUGGGACUAAUGUGGACAGCUCUACGGCGUUCGGCCCACCUUACCCGCCCCGCCCUGGGUCCCUUUUUACUUAGGGCGUGUGCGGGGGGUGGAAGGCCUCAAAAAGGGGCCCCGAGGCCUCCCUCCUCCGCUCUUUUUCGGCUGCUUGGCUGUUCUUUAGGGGCCUCUGGCUCUGAUGAUGGUGGGAGGCUUCAAAAGGGGCCCAAGGGACCGCCGGCCUGCGCCCCGUCCAAGUGCUUGCCAGUGCUCUACGUGCAUCCGUUAGGCUUCGCCGCCGCAGCAGUGCGCCGGCAGCGGAAGGCCUCUGAAGGUGGCAGAAGAUGAGGGGCUGGGCCCCCUGUGCUGUGCUGCCUGUACCCUCCGGGGGGGGCCUUGGUCAUCGGCUUGCUUGCUCUUGCGACUGUGGCCGCCUUCGGCGGCCUUUUGCCCCGGAGGCCUCCGGCCUGCGAGGGUCAGCAGAGGCCAGGAGGCCACUUAGGAACACGCUGAGAGGCCCAAGGGGAGGCCCGCGCCAAGUUUUCACGCCUUCCGCCACUAGAAUCUGCGAAAAAUUCGCGCGGAAAAGCGCGCGCGCGCGCCACCACAGACCAGAUCAAAGGGGGGGAGGGGGUUGCGCCGUCUGGCCUUGAAUCAUAUAGACACAGCCCCCCACUUCAGUGCCGUUCUUUGUGUUAUUCUAUCUUUCCAGUCCUUUGCUUGCUUAGAGAUUUUAGCUUUUCGGAUGCAUGUCUAGAGGGAAUAGCGGUAGGCGCAACUGCUUCACGUCGAAGCAUAUAGGCUCUCGGGCUGACCGGUCCCCCCCUGUGGUCUGGUCUGUGGUGGCGCGCGCGCGCGCUUUUCCGCGCUGAUUUUCGCGGAUCCUAGUGGUGGAAGGCGUCAACACUGGGCACGGGCGUCCCCUUGGUUGCGCCUCUCUGUCUGCGUGUUUUUGGUGGCCUCUUGGCUUCUGCUGUCGCUCGCAGGUGGGAGGCUUCCGGGGUGAGAGGCCGCCGAAGGCGGCCAGGUUCUCAAGAGCAAGCAAGCUGAUGACCAAUGGCCCGGCGGGUACAGGCUGCAUGGCUCAGGGGGUCCAGCCCCUCGCCUUUUGCCGCCUUCGGAGGCUUUCCGCCUCUGGCGCACUGCUGCGGCGGCGAAGCAUAUGAAUAGGAGGCACGGCGCGGCACCUGGGGCACAGGGAGGCAGGCGCCUGGAAGGGGGCGCAGGCGGUCCGCUGAAGCCUUGCACCUGCGUCGGAGCUUCGUAGGGGACAGCCAGGCAGCUGGAAGGGAGCGGGGGAGGCUCCUUUGCCCCCUUUUGAGGCCUUCCACCCCCGGCAGGCGCCUUCUGGAGGUGUCUGGGGCUACCGGUGCCCCUCCCCUGAGUUAGGGGGGGCGCCGUAGCCUUGAGCCCUGGGUCAUAUAUGCUUUCGCCGGGCACUUUCUUACUGCCGAACACUCUUCAAAAUUUCUCCGACUUCUCCCGACCUCGUUCACGGUCUUUGCCUUGUCUGACCCGGGGCAAAGGCUUUUGAAAUUCCUCAAAAGAAUGCGCACGGGCUCUCUCCAUUUUUGGACUCAGCGGGGCGAGGGAUUUCCCCGCAUACGUCCAAACAUGUGCGGCAGUUAUUUCCGACGGACAGACAGAUAAGUAGACGCAGCCUCAGGCCUUGCUUCUACAUGCUGCAAUGACAAUUGGAGGGCGCAUCUACAUUCAUUCACACAGCGCGUUUUUUGCUGUGACAUGCAAGAUGUAGGAGGAGCGAGUAAUGAUACUGCUAGCAGCACUACUCGUAGAGCAGCAGGUGGGCCCGCCUUGGUGUCCUCUAGUUUGCAGUCCUUGCGCUUUCAGGCCGCGCAGGCAACAGAUAGAAGCUGGCUUCUUAAAUGUUGGUAAACAACGCUUUGGCCACAUCUCUCGCUGCUUCUAGCCUUUACACCCCCAGCACACAUUGAAGAACACUGGUGCUUUUUCGUUUUGCCUCUUGCGCUCUACUAAGUAAAUAGAAAAGAAAGCGCUUGCCCCUUGCUGGGUGCAUCAUCAUCGUCAUUCACCGCCAUCACCAUCGUCACCUUUAUACUGAAGAUAGAUGACAAGGUGCGCCGAGUUUCUAACGAGGAGGCAAGGCUUGCUUUUGACACUGCAAGAAGUUCGAGUAGGGACGUCGCCAGGAAAAGAGUAGAAUACUCCGAGCACAUAGCAAAGAUAUAUCAGAUAGCAACCGAUAUCUACAACCAGUUGUGUUAAGGCUUCUUGACUAGAAGUGCGCAUCCUGAUAUGUGCUAUCGGCUCUGGCGUGAUAAUCUGCAAACUGAAGCCGUAUGGUCGUCAGGAGAGACGAUAUCGGGGGCACAUACGUGACAUAAAUGUACUCCCAGUUCGCUGCGCAAAAAAGUCAGGAAGUAUUUUUUUCUUUUACAGGCUUCCUGUCCGCUAGUAUUACAAAGAAAGCUCUUUUGCCGCAGUCGCAGCCAGGGCUCUGGUGCGGAGGGCGCCAUCUUGAUUGGCCUCCCCUUUGAAGUAGAAGGCCCAAUCGUUGACUGGUAAAGAGCUAUCUAGAUGACAGCCUACACGGUGAGUAUUACUUCUUAUGUGAAUUCAGUCUUUUGCGCUCUUUGGGUAAAAAUGCUAGUUUUUUAGAGUGCCUAUUCUUCUCUUUUGUUUGUUGUGUCUUUUUCCGCUGUAGGCGUAAAAGAAGUGGCGACACUGAGACAGGAGCUGGAUGGCUGAUCAUCUCAUCAUUGAUUCUAAGGUAGUUGCCAUUAAAAAUAUGGAUACCUAUGUUUCAUGGUUCUCUGUUUAGUGACCUACGAUCUUGGGGAUUGCGUAUCUCUUGAGCCCUCCUAAGGUAGCUGGCAACGUCGUGUUUGUAUAUUGUAGUCUAAUUUUGGACGGUGGAGCGGAAAAUCUUGGAAGGCGAGCUACGGAGAUUGGGGCUGAGCUUGGACGAUUCGCCGAAGGGCGACGCUGGGGUUCUUAAGGUGACCACUUACCCUUUUUUUAUCUCGGAGGAAACUGGCCGAGGUCCCACCAUAUCCUAUGGAGGAUCUUGUGGGCCAGUUCCUGCCGUAUCCGCUCCCGCCCUAUCCUAUCACCUCAGUCUCUGCCGGCGUCGAUCCCUCGACCCCGAAGGAAGGCAGGCCACCGCCCUAGUAGUUCAUCUCUUCGAUACCAUAGAUCGCCGACCACUCCCUCCGGAGGAAGAUAGGCUAGUAUCUUAGCUCAGACACUUUAAAUGGAGAUCAUGACCGACAGCGUGGGGGAUUUGAGUACAAACCUUUGCGACACAGAUCAUCACCUUGGUGGACCAUUUUGGGGUCCGCGCUUCUUCCUGUCACCAAGAUACGGGGUUAGCGUGUUGGGCUUGGUAGAUGUAGCUGGUGGGCUUCUUAGAUAAUACAUAGUUGGGUAGUAGUACUAAAGUACUAAAGUAAGACAGCUGGUGAGUUUUCACUUCUAUCACUAGGCUUAUCCCUUCAAACACUACACAUAGCUGGGCAGUGCCACUAGUUGGUUAGUAGUGCAGGGAUGGCCCAUCCCUCCCCUGUGCUCUCUGUCAGGUUUGUCAAGCUGGGCCGCCCUGUCUCGCAUACGUCGAAGAACCUGGCCAAGGCCAUGGCGCUGGAGAGCAAUAGACCAAGGCCAAAAAGUCAGGCCAGGGCUGUCGCCGUUGCACCACCUUGUGCUGCUUAUUGUUUGGGCCAGUGUAGUCGAAGAAGGUGCAGGCCUUUUGUGACCGGUGUCGCCACUCUGGGGGCUGAUUAGUGGAUCUGAGAAAGGGGCACCGUCCCCGGUGGACGCUUUGAAGGGACCCUCCUAGCACAUCUAGAGGGGCCCCAGCCUUGAGAGCCCCGGGUCGCUUUGCUGGGGCUCGAAAAAGCCCACGCGGAAGCCCCAGGCAAUCCGGGUCACGGGGUGACCAUGAACUUUCGGGCAAGCAAAAAGGACUUGCGCAAGAGAUUCCGCGGCCUUCACUAGAUGGGCUGCCCGUUUCGGUCCUCGUGGGAUUAGUGGCUCCGGCUCAAAAGAGCAGAAAAGGGGUGCAAAAUCACACCGCAAGGGACCUGCGUCUUUUUUCUUUAGAUGCCGGCGUCUGGAGGUCUUUUUCUGACGCAGGCCUUCGCGCCGAAUGCUGGCUCCGUGCACAGCGGGGCGGACCGGGUGGCGCUGACAUGUUUGCGCGGAUGGGCAUCGGCGCCGCCCCUUGGUUGCCUUGGUAAGGGUGACGGGGUGGCCCACAGUGUGUGGGGGUGCGGGGCCUUGCUGUUGACAGCUUUUUGCAAGAAAGUAACUGGCUAUGGGCGCUGAAAUAUAGGGGGCUUUGCUGUGCGCCCUCGGUUAGAGCAGAUGAAAGCACAUGCAGGGGCGAGGCUGCGCGCGCAUGGGUGCCGCGCUGUCGCUGCUGAGGCCCGCCGCGUGUGGGGGUGUAUGUAGCCUAGCUGGUCCAGCGCGGGCCGCCCAGAACUGAGGCAGGGGAGGCGGAGGGGGACACGACUGCAAAGCAUGGAAGGGGGGGAGGAGUGGCCGCGAGCAGCGUCUCUUUCUCAGGUGGAGGAUAGCCCCGCCGGCGGGUGUGCGAAAAAGGUGCUACAUUUUUGGCCUUUGUCGCUUUUUUUGGCUUCUUCAGCACCACGGGGGGCUACCGUCCAGUGGGGGGGCAGCGCCUUGGGCAUUGUCUCUUUCUGCUGCCAUCUUCUCUACGGCUCGAGCCGGAGGCGGCUGGGCUCUCUUUGUGUCGUGUUGGCUUGCCGGGUCCCUGGGGGCGCGGUCGGUGCGGCCAUCUUAGUGUGCUUGCUGGGGCGCUUUUUCCUGCGCCACGCAGGGCCGUGGUCCUCCUUUGGGUGCUAAACGAACCUUUGCUAAACUUUUGCUAAACUUUUGCUAAACUUGUGCUAAAUUUGGGCGCUAAGUUUGGUGCGAAAUUCCAUGCUCAAAAGCAUGCUGAAUUUGGCUGCUAAAUAAUGCGCUAAGUUUUGUGCUAAGUAGCAUGCCCAAUUGGUAUGCUAAGUAACGCGCUAGCUUUUGGGCUAAUUAACAUGCUAAAUGACGCGCUAUCGGGGGUUCUAAGUUUUGUGGUGAAGCGUGUUGCCGUGCACACAGAAAAAAGGUGCUAAAUCAGGGGUGCCAAAAUCCAACGUGAAAGCGCCUAAGACCCCGCGUCUCGGUUUAGCAUCGGCUUAGCACUUGCGUGACCACAUGCAAGGCCACAAAGCUGACCCCGCGGCGUCGGGCUCUGGGGCAGCGGCCUCGGCUUGGCGUCCAAUCUCGGGAGGAGUGGCGCCCGGAGUGGAGGAGGCCGCGGGCCUGGUCCCGUGCCAGCUCGCGCGCCCUGCGCGGGCUGUCUGCUGAUCCGUGGCGGACUGGGUGCCUGCUCCUCUGAUAGCCGCCCCGCGGCUGAGAGCCGUCUAUGGCAUGGGGUGCGGUGUAGGGAGUAAGCGGCGUGCACGGAUGGCAUGGCGCUGGGGCCUUCGGGUGUUUGGGGGUUUUAGACAGGCCUCCGGCUGGCUGAGCUUGUUCGGGAUGCCUGAGCUGUCGCAGACGUGUGCUUGGGUUUGCUUUGUUGCGGGUGGUGGUGUGUAGGUGCUUGGGGUGGUAGUGCUCUGGGGCUCGGCGGACGAGGGUCCUGGGACCCAGGGCGCGGGCCCCGCUUUCUGAAUGGCAUGCCGUGGCGGGCAUUCGCGGGGGGCUGUUGUUCUUUUUUCUGCUGCAAAAUUUAGCACGCUUUUAGAAUGGAAGACGGCGGGGCGGCCUCCGCCUGAUCUUUCGCUAGGUAGCCUAGCGCCGACGCUACGCUACCGAGCGAACGGGCAGGGACAACUUAUAAGGGGAAGGGGCGCCAGGGACAGGACAGGGACAGGGCAUACCGUCGCGGGCUUGCCCAGGUCCGCCAGGGGCGCGCGGGGCAGGGGGUCGCGCCCAUGGGGAGAGGGGGAAGGCGUGAAGCGAUUUUAGGACAGGCGAUCGGGAUGCACAGCGGGCGGAAGGGCUGCAAGGCUGCCUUGGCGUUGGUGGUGGCUUCUUUCUUCCUCCUUGUUUGUGUAGAUACAUAGUUUGCGGAGGUGGUGCUUUCUUAGGUGGAUACUCGACAUAGAUACAUAGAUAGUCGCUAGACGUCUUUAGACCUGGUUGGGGCGCUGUCCCUACUUCUAAGGCAAUGCGCGAAGUCAAGUGGCCAUACCUUGAAGACCGGAGCGAGCUGAAGGAAAGCGCGCGGAACUUGGGGAAGCGUAUUGAAAAGCUGCCGAAUGCGCCGGACUGGUUUAUGUGACGGCGGCUUUUUUCUCUUCAGCUCGCAUUUGACUGAUAGACUUCCCACAGAUACCAUCCGCGAGACACUGCGUCGUCGCUUUAGACGCUGUUUCAGUGUGUGUAUACUUUUGUAGCCGCGAUACAAACAUCGAUCGGGGUCAGAGGCAGCGCGAGUACAUGGCGUGUCCCCUUCUAGCUUGUCCAAGGACCUCUAAAAGGGCUAUCCCAUGUUGUUGACAAUUCUACCCUAUUCUCCUUUCAUAUACGGGAAGAAAGGACAUGAAAAUGCGUGGAACUACGACGAGGGGGUUUUCCAAUUAUGGCUCAGCACAGGAAUUCAUCUUCUCCGCCUAGAGAGUAGUGGAAGACUGGCAGCAAUUCAUCUGCCCCACAGACCGCUGGCAGCAGUUCUAGGCCCUGCUCAGUCUGUGUCAUUGGUUUGGUGUUGGAGUGCCUCUAGACUUUCAUUGCGACGCUUCUUGUCUCUGUUCGUUUCCUUCUUGGACUCUUUCGUUAUGUGGGUAUGGCGCUCGGGCAAUGGGUGAAGCCGUCUGUGCCCCACGAUUGGGCUGACUACUACGUCAGGGUCAGUCUACUACUGUUACGCGUCAGGAAAGCUUAGAUGAAUGACUGUGAGCGCGAAACCAAGUGUCCAGGGAUGCCGCGGAAUUGGAAUACGCGCACAUCAACGAGCGAGGCGAAGAUGUAGAGGAGUUAAGGGUGCGCUAUAAUUAGUGUCAAAAGUUCUUUUGAGAGGCAUCUUUGGCGCAUUCCUCCACCUUGCAAUGCGCACGCCCAUUCCUAUCAUGCACUAGGCCUCAACGAAGUGGCCUCUUCGUCACUUUUGAUACUGGUGUUGUCCCCCGCGGAGGGUGGCUUCGCGCGUAGUUUAGACAACAAAAAAGGCGGUGCCCGUAUGCGGGUCUUCGCUAGGUACUUGAGCGCUUGCACGUGUAUAGAUACUAGGAUAAAAAAAGAAUUUCUCGAGCAGUUGCGUGGGUGAGCGAAUGAAAAGGGGAAUCGCAGCGCAAGGACUAGAGGUGCAGCGCCAUCAGGGCUACAUAGAUGAUAGCACUUUUCAAAUUUGUGGCAAGCUCGUCUACACUCUAGGAUGUGGCACCUUCUAAUCGAGCAGGCUAAACGAGGGGAACAAGCUUUUUGGAGCGCUCCUUGGGUCAUGGCUAAAAAUGAGGCAUGGAGGCCUGACAGGUUCGGAGAAACUAUGUUAUGUUCAAGGUGGAGGUGGCUCUUUGUUCCUACAUUGAAUUAUCUGGGCGCAGCAUUACAUAGGACACCCGGCCGAAGUAAGUAGUGCGCGACUUUACCUGCCCCCUAACCUAAUAUGUUGCUCCAUGGAGGGCGACACUUGGUGACGCUGCCAGCGAAGUAAUAACUCACCUGGGGCUGCUGUAGGAUACGGAUGUAAAUACAUAGGCCGCGCAUGCCAUGCUUGAACGAUUGGAACACGAAUGCGUCGCAGGCUUGACUACUUUCCCAGUGUUGUACUCAGUAUAGCACGCAUGGCGCAUGGAGUGCAUAGAGUGCAGAUCUCUAAGGGACGCAAGAAGCGCCCCCUUUAGCUCCAUGCGAUCCAUGCACUCCAUUCCAUGCGAGGCGGCAUCCUUACAACUUACUUCGUUUUAGCUUUAGCUAGAUACAUAGGCUUAGGCUCUGGCCUUUGUCUUACUCCAGUCUCUUCCACCCCGCUCACAAUAUUGGGCAGGGCCAUGGCCGUCAAAGAUGCUCGGCCGGGGUCUUCUCUCACUUUUAGGCGCUGCCAGUUGAGGCCUGGAAAGUAAGUGGCGCCGUCACCUGGAAAGUAAGCGGCGCCUGGUCAAUCAGUUGGAAGCUAGCUCUUUUCCCUCUUAUGCAUACCGCGGCGCGCGUGCGGUCGCAGUAUCGUAGCCCCCCGGUUUGGUGCGGGGUUGCUACGGUCCUCCUGCCGGCAAAGGCUGACAGGGGUAAAUGAGCGCGAAAAGCGCCCAGCGGGGUCGCGGGGGUGGAUCUGCGUGCGCUGGCGUCUCGACUCGCUUCAUCAAAGGGUCUGGCGCAGCUCAAAGGGAGCAAACCAAAAGGGAAGCCGCGAGACGGCAAAAAGCGACGCGGCCCCCCGAUUGGGGCUGCGCGUUCGCCCUGGUCGGCCACCCCGGUGGGGCUCGGGUGUGCCCCCCUGUCGGAAGUGCCGUGGGGAGCGUCGCCGCAGGCAGGCUGAGGGGCCGUGGGGGCGGUUGUUGCCCGACCAUCUCCUUGGGGGGUGUUUGUGGCGGGGAUCCGUGGGGAGCGUCGGUCCAGAGGGCUUGGGGCUAGUGCUCGGGCGGCCCCUGGUUGGGGCAUGUGGACUUGCCUGGAGGCCCAUCUACCUGGGGAGAGGUGUCCAGCUGUCACAAUGGCGCCACGCGGUCCGCGUUGUUCGCCCGCUUCGCUCCAGGUCGUUCGCCGUAGGUGUGACACAGGGGGCACGGGGGGCUGGGUUGUUUCCGAACUUAUGCGCAGUGGCCCGUUGGCGUCCAGCGUCCUCGCUGUCAUCGGGGGCAGGCUGGCACAGGCUCAGGCUGCUAGCAGCUUGAGGUGAGCAGCAGGGGCGGCGCGUGGGAGAACCCCUCCGCCAGUUUCUCGGAGGGGGUUCGGUGGUCUCUCGGGGGGCAGUAUGUUGACGGCCCUCGGCGGCUUUCGGCUCUCGCUUCGAUUGGGUCCGCGCUUUGCGUGGCGUCGGCGUGUGGCUCUGACGUUCCGCUGAGGCUGAGGGAACUAGAGUGAGGCGCCCAGGCGUGCCCAUGAGGCCGGGUGGCUUCGAGUGAAGGGUGCUGCCCUUCUACAGGUGUCAUUGGCGUGGCUUUCUCGUCUUCUAAUGUGAAAGAAGCUAGCAGUGGGAAAGGCUUGCAUGGAAACGGUGAUGCGCAUGGCAGACCGUGGGAGAAUCGCGUGGGACAUUCAAUUUGGAGGAUUAUGGAUUUCGUUAUCUUAUUGUCUAAGACUUAGGCCUCUUCAAAGUAAAACAGUACGAGUGGGGGGUUAUGGGCCAGGUUUCUCGCACGAAGAUAUUAAUGAAUGAUGUAACCCAGUAGAGGCCAUUUACGUAAAUACCUUUUUACGCAGUGCCUUGAGUCCUAAGCCCAGCGAGGUGCUUUGUGCCUAAAGAGGCAUAAAGAGCCUCGGCCGCCCCCGCCCUCGGUUCAUUUCGAUGCCCGUUGUGCUAGCUUGCGUGACUUUUGUCUGAGCACCGCCUACCCCAAAAGCGGAGGAGAAGAGGAGAAGAGCGCGCUCCCAGGGUAGAAAGUGUGAGGGGCUGAAGCGGUCAGCGGCAGACAAGUAGCAGUCAGGGCCCCCAGGAAGGAAUAAGCAGGCGGCAUGAGACCAACCACGCGCCAGGAACGCCGGCCAGCCACUCAGCCAGCCAGGUAAAGCACCGGGCAGGCGGUCAGCCAGUCAACCAGGCGGCCCCCUUUUUCUUGUUCUCCUUCUCUCUCUGCGCGUCUACUGUCCGCUGGUGUGGUUUGUGGGCUGCUAGUAGGCUUUAUGUUGGGCAUUGAAAUUAGUAUGGACCUUCUUCGCAUUCAAUCAUCUAAGCUUGAAUUUUAACGACAAAGAGAAGAGACAUUACCGAGUGCAGCUGUGGAAGGAGACGGGGAGCGUGGCUCGACAUAUUAAGGGCAGUAACCCGAUGUUUAUCGGAGCCUUGUAGGCCUUGUCUAAGUUGAUAACGAAACGCUUGACCCGCCCACCUUGCCGGGCUUAUUGCUUUAGUGUGUGUAGGGAUGCAGCUGUAAGAGAUUGAUGCGCCCCCAUGAUAGCUCUUCCACCACUCAUUUGCGGCUCCUUUCCUUCAAUUAUGGACGCCUUCAAGGAAAAGUAGACCCCGUCAUCCCAUGAUAACGUCCCCACUACACAACAUUAGCACAGCAGUGCCUGUCUUCGAAGACUCUGAGUUAGUUGCUAGCUCAGCUUUAAUUUGCCGUGGACACGGUGGAACCACCUGCACAACAAACAGGCAGAGGCAGAAGGCGUUUGGCCUUGUGACGGUACUGUGACGACGGGGGGAAAUGUACACGACGUUGGCUAUCUCGGUGGUGACGCGUGUGUCGAUAGGCUGAUGGCAUUACGGGUGUAGAUAUUCAAGACCUCUUGUAUGGAUAAGCCGAUCGGUUAUGGUCAGCUUUUUUCCAUCUUUCUCGGCAUCUUGGUCUCCUUUGGCCUUGUAUUCUCAUGAAAUACAAGGGGAAGGGGGUCGAGAUGAGGGGUGGACCACGAUACAGGCUAGCAGACUCUAAAUGGGAUUAAGGCUUCGCCCUGCGCGGGCGUGCUUGCCGCGUUGGGAUGAAGUGCUCACUCUGCGUUGGCUCGGGGUUACCUUCGUGGCGGCAUUACUGGGGACGCGGUGCUGCUUUUCGGUCGGGUUGUUGAUGUCUUUGGCGGGCCCUCCCUCUCCCCGCGUUUGGCGCUUGGUGAUCCGCCUUCAGGUGGUCAACUUGGCGCCCCUUUCGCCCCCUCUUCGCUGUCCGUCACUUCGGCGGCGCUUCCGUUCCAAUGCUACCUCCCAAUCGCUCAGAACGUUGUAAGAAAAUACACUCUAAUCUUGGUCGGCCCUUCCGUCCCGAAUUUCGUAUGUAACACGCAGGGAGGAGAGUCGCGCAGUAAGGAGGGCUACCAGUCCUUCCGCAGCGGAGACGCGCCGCAGGGGAAAAAGGCGCCUUGUUAAGACAAAACCUAGACUAGUAGCUUAAAACUGAACUCUGCCGAAAGGAGUCACUCCUUGUUAAGACAAAACCUAUAUACGAAAAGUGAAAAUAGGCGAGUAGCUAACUGAAUUAACAGGGUUACAGCGCUAUUCUCCUUUCAGUGCCUCGCUUGCUCGAAGUGGUAGGUUACCUGCUCCUUUUUAUUUUGGCUUAUCUUCUUGAACUUAAAAACAGGGACUACGGCGGACAGUUUCUUCCCUUUUAUGAAGCUCCCCCCUUAGCUCCAUGCGACUCCAUGUGGUCCAUGCACUCCAUGCCAUGCGAGCUGUGAAACCUUAUAAAUUGCUCUGUUAUAUAUAUAUUUUGGUUUAUCGAAUAGUGUAAAAGACCUAACUUCGCGAGCACAAAAAUAAAGGGGCCCUGCGAAGUACCCUACUCAGAACUAUGGUAACUAAUAAUGGCUGGCAGGGUCGUGCCUGCGUAUUGCAUUAGUGGGCCCAGCGACAUCUCCUUCUCUCCUCGUUUCAUGACCAUAUUUUGCAUCAUCUUUCGACCUCUUGUCAGUCACACGAGUCGAUCAAGCUACUAAUCAGUUCAUAUUAUUAACUAACUGCAACAUGAUGAGAUGGUUUUUAUGAUCAAAGAAAGAAUCACUAUCAUAGAUGUUUUGAGAACCUUCUAAUAAAGCAAUUCGUUAAAAACUCGUCUUAUAUAUAAUCCCUCUCUAGUACGCGCCACGAGUUGGUCUUGGCCUUGGCCAUCGUCUUAUAAUCCCAUCAUCAUCUGGAUCUGUAAUGCCUCUUGUGAUCUCUUCAAUGCCAAAAGUUGUGAGUUCUCCAAUUAUCAAUCUUCCUCAGCCCCCUCUCAAAUCAGAGCCUCUCAAAUUCAAAAGUGAGUCGUCUCUUUGCUGGUUCUAAUUUGGGAUGUAUCAAAACCACAAGAGCGGCAACUUCAUCAGCUUGACGAAUUUCAAAGUUAUGACGAGACAAUUAGCGCUUCCUUAUUUCCACUCUGUCUUCCUACUCUUUUCAUACGGAUAGGAUGUACUUGAAGAGGGAGAUGAGUAAGCCUACAAUGCUAUUUCGUAAGAAUCCAACAGAUAAUAGUAAAUGAUAUUUCUUCCAACAAUAAUAAUAAAUAGUAACAAUAAUAAUAGGAGAACAAGGGCCUCUCUAAUGGUAACGCCGUAGCGGUCAGGAACGCCGUAGCGGCCAGGAACGCCGGAGCGGCCACGAACGCCGUAGUGCCCAAGCCCCGACCCCGAGGCAAGAAAAAGAGUAAGGGCUCUUGA